AGUCAUACCCAUUCUCACUCUCCCUCAGUCCUCAGCUGCACCUCAGCUCAGUAACAUGCUGCCUCGCCGCAGCUCCAGCACCGAGCGCUGAGCAGAGGCGUCCAGCUCCUCUGUCUCACUGACCAAACAUACAGAGCAAACAACAAGGAGCCAAGGAAGAAGGGUCAUCUCUUCACUUUGAUUUUUUUUUUGUCCCGCAGCUUUCUCUGAGAUAAAAGGAAGCUGUGGAGGAGAAGGAAGAGGGAAGAUUUUUACGCAGUUUGACUGAGGGGGGGACAGAGAAGGAAGUGGCAGCUGAGGAUGCAAGGCUGGCCGGAGGAGGAGCAGGAAAGUUGAGUUGGACACCUGAUGACCUGCUGCUGAACCAUCCCAAACAAAGUUUUUUGAGGGAGGGGAGAAGAGGUGGUGCACUUUUGAUGCUGUGGACUACAGGAGGUGAAAGCAUCCCUCACCCUGGUCUGGUCACUGUUGUGUUUUUCCUGUUUGGUCUGUCAGAUAUCAAGACCAAAUCCAGAGGCAGCUCCCCAUGUGGCAGGAAGCUCUGUGGACCCGCGGACGCUACCUGCUGGAGAAGAACGAUGGCGGCGAGUGUACCGAGGGGCCCGAGAGCUUGGCGGAUGGGUGCCCGGGGUUCCAGAGUGAGGUGUACGUGGAGGUGGAGAAGCCGCAGGACUGGCUGUAUGAGUCCUACUACAGAAUGAGCCAACAGCAUCCACUCAUUGUGUUCCUGCUGCUGAUUGUCAUGGGAACGUGCCUCGCACUGCUGGCUGUGUUUUUUGCCUCAGGACUGGUGAGUUUGUUAAAGUGUGUGUCAGAGUGUGUGUGUGCAUAGGUUAGUGUUAAGUGUUUUGGGGUGUGUGGCUAAAAUCAUUAGUGCAGAAAAAAGAGGAUAGUUAAAGUUGAGAUCUGGAACAUCAUCGUCUAUAAACAGGAAGAUGUUGUGGUGACAAUCACAGUCCCGGAUAUUGUCAUUUUUAAGAGAUAUUGUCUUGUUGUUCAAGGAAGUGAAGUUGAUAAGAGCUGGAUAAUUCCUCCAUUUUUAAGCUCCAGCUGACAGUUUGUAGAUUGAAGCCUGAUGAAAAGACUGAAAACAAGGUCAUCUUCGCACAAAGACUGGAAAUAAGGAGAGAAAAACCUGCCUGACUUUCAGAGAAGUAAACAGAGUCAGAAUAGGAGACCCUCCAAAGUACUGAGUACCAUGUUGCAGUUAGUUGGUAGGAAUGCAAUAUAGCCUACUCAGUUCUGCUGGGUUCAAAAUAAGUUGUUUUUCUCAACUUAUAAAUCAGAGAAACUGAAGUUAAAUCAUUAAUUAAUAUCAGUCUUUUAUUAAAAUAUCAUAAAAGUAACACUAGAUAACAGAUUAUCUGGUAGUAGUAUUUAUAUAGUUAGUGAACUAGUGAGGAUAUUAAUUACACAGUAUACAUUUAUAGUCAGAAUGUGUCAGUCUUUGAACUUGACUUGGACUCUUGAAGUUGAACAGCAGUGUAUUUGUUAGGGUUGUAAAUCUCCCUCCAACAAGACAAUAUGAUCUGAUAUUAACAUUAAUCACUACCAAUCAAUUCCAGGAGGAUUUAUCAAAAUAAAGAAUGAUUUGCUAUGAUUUGGUUCAGUUUAGUUUGAUGCAAAUUAGUGAUCAAAGCCGAAAUUUGUGCUUUCAACUAUUAUUAUUAUUAUUUUUUAGAGAUUUUCAUUUUAUUUCAAAAGAGACCGUAAAAAAUGGAAAACAUUAAUGCUGCUGUUUGAUGCAUUGUACCAGAGUGAUCUUAAAGCAUAUUUACAUCUGCAGUCCAUUAGUAAAAUGUGACUGACUGAACCUAUUGUAUGAACUGAUAUAAUGAUUUAUAAACUGAAGACUUUCUUUCACACUCUUACUGAGGUGUCUCAGGACAGAUAAUUAGGUAGAGAGAUAUAAAAAAUAGCUUUAAUUAACACAAAUUAAACUUCUGCCUUCAAUAGCUUUGCAAAGCCCUGCUAACACUUGACUGAAGUAUUUAUUCUUCUAAGUGACAAAAAUUGGAACUAGUCAAACAGUCAAAGUAUAAACAAGCUCUUCCUGGCGGUCUUUGUACCAUGCUAAGCCGGAGGGAAAUGCUGUUGUGUUGAAUAAGAGACAUUUUUUCUUCUUCUCUCAAACUUUCUCUGUGAUUGUCACGCAUGAGCUGUAUAUGACAUUUACACGCUUAGAAGCCCUUUGAUUGUAUUAAUUAUUUCAGAGACAUUUCUUUCACACUCUGUUUAAUGCUACGCCACUAACAGCGUUGUAGCAAAGGUUACAUCAUGGAUUCUUACUAGGUGAAACGGUCUUGCACCCAAUUAUUUUUCUACAACAGGUAUAAACAGGCAAACUGUAGUCAAAAUUUCUGUCCUUCACAUCAAGUCUACAAGACCUGGUUUAUUAAAACACAAACUGAUUUUGGCUGUUGUUAUUUCCUGACUUUGAGGGAAUCAACUCUACCUAACCAGGCACCAAAGUUAACGUGACUCUUGUGAAAGGUUGCAGCAUCACGAGACUUAAGAUGCAGAGCCCAACAUACAGAUACAACACAGAGUCAUAUUAACAGAUUACUGAUACAGAAUGGCGUGCAUCUGCGUAUGGAGGCUAACCUGUAGGGGUGGGAGAAAAAAUCGAUACAGCAUAGUAUCGCGAUAUUUUGUCCAGUGAUAUAUUGUAUCAUCUCAUUUACCAAGUAUCGAUUUUUCAAAUUAAUUGCUAGUAUGAAGUUAAAUCUAUGAUAAUGGGAAAAUAAAAUCAACUGUUUGUCCAGUGAGGUUGGCAGAGGUGACAUCAUAGAGUAGGAGAAAGUUUGUACUACAAAUAUAAGGUUUGAAAGAUGUACAACCUGAAAAUUAAAUACUGUGUAAAUUAGACAAACAGAAAGGAAAGCCAAAUGCUAAAUUAGCUAAACAGUUGAAAAAAAAUUAUAUAAAUUGCAAUAUAUUGUAUUUAUAUAUAUAUAUUCACUGUAUUGCAAAAUGUUCAAAAUCAGAAUAAUAUCGUGUCGUGGCCAAUUAUAUCGUAUCAUGGCCCAAGUAUCGCGAUAAUAUCGUAUAGUGGGGCCACUGGUGAUUACCACUCCUACUCACCUGUCAUUGAGGUGAAAAAUUAUAAUAGUUUUAAACAUAAAGGUCAAAAAGUAAAGAGCAGUCUUAGCACCAGCCAGCAAAAAUCAUUUGAAGAGCAGCACAAUAUGGUCCAUGUAAAGUACAAGAGGUUGAACCCCCUACUGUUGAAAAACAGAGACUAUGAUUCAUAAUUCUUCACACCAAAGAAACCAACAAGUGUCUUUACAGUUUGUUUUACUUUUAACAAAAUGGAAACUAAAAAUUGAUAACAGUAUGGCAACUGUUGAGUAACAUGUGUUAGUGUGGUUAACAAAAAGUAAGCAUGUUACCAUAGAAAUGCUGAUAUAACACUCUCAUUUAUCUGUCUUAGCAUUAUCCCUCUUCGAUAUCUCUCGGGGUAAUCACAGUUGUCCUCAUUAGUGGACUUCAACAAAGUAAAAUGUGAUUUUCCGUUAAUAAAAACUCAUUUGACAUUGUUGAGGUACAGUGCAUUUUUUCAUGCUGUGAAAUGCUUAAAUUUCAUCACAGCACUGUGAAAAAUUGAAGUGGCUAAAGCUCUGCACUCCAUUAUCAAGCAUCAGACACAGGAUCACAGAGGGGCGUUGAAAUACGAGUCGUGUUUUUUUUUUUCCAGCACAAAGCUGAAUGAGACAGGGAGACCCCUGCGUGUGUGAAUAUGUGUCACAACAUAAGAGACUGUGAAGCAGCACUUGAAAUUGUAAAACUGGGUUUACAAAGUGGAUCAAGAGCGGUAUGAGAGUUUAGUUCGCAGCUGUGUGGGUGUUUGAGCUUUUGUCAAGUAAAAAGUGUUGUUUUGGCCACAAACACUCAACCACAAAUACAAGCCAUUGUUUCUCAAGUACUGCUUUUGUGUUUUAUGAAGUAGCUGUACAAAAGGAAGCCCACUCAUUUGCUUUGGUUGUUGUUGUUUCAAAAUGAUUGCUUUGCUCCCGUUAGUAUUCUGAACAGCAUGUAGAUGCGUACUUUUCUAUGCAUGCUCAUGUGUUUGCAAUAGAAGCAAAACUUCAGUCUAAUGGAAGCUCUUUAAAAAUGAUGUUGAACUCACGUACUGCACCCAAAUCAACAUGAACAUCUUGUUUUUGCAGAGAGUUUGAAAGCAUUUGAUGAUAGUUACGGUCAAAACCCCUCUCUUUUGUCACUUAAGUCCUAUUACAUUCAGCUGAACUCAAUAACAGGCUUUUUUUGAGCGAGAAUCUCCACCUAAAUCGAUCCCUCCUUUCUAUUUAAGUAAAAUCAAUAGAUGUUAUUGCCCCAGCUGGUCCAUUAAGUCCUCCAGGUUUUCCUCUUAUUCUCUGGCUGUGGACAUCAUCGCAGGUUAAAUAACAAUCACUUCUAAUAAUUCCUCAUCAUUCUUGUUAUCAAUAGAAAUCACUCUCUUUCCUUCAUAUCUGCUCCUAUUAAAUGAAAGACCAAACUGCCUGGAGUGAGUGUUCAGUGAGGCAUGUGUAUUUACAUCUGCUGGAUAAAGAAGAAUGUCAGGAAUAAAUAGUGUGGGUUUGGAGCUGGGGGCUUAGAGGCGGAGGGGGAGAGGAUGUUGUUUUAAGUGUUCUGGCUUUAUCAGUGAGCCGGCAGAAACCCAACCAAAGCAGCACUAAUGCUUCCAAAAUUACUGCAGGCUUUUAUCUUUCUACACAGAUCAAGGCUGGAGUGAAAAUGGUGUUUUUCGGUCACAGGAUCCCCCACCCAUUUCAUACAGCAUGUGUUUAUCGGUGUGUUUAUGUGCGCUAACAUUUAUGCGAAUUUUGUGAUUGGCAUGCAUGUUGUUUGGGUGUGUUUGUCACAGGAAGUUUCUCAUUUCCUUUUAGGGCUUAUCUGAAAUAUUUGGGGACAUCAUUUUCUCUUUCUUUCUUGUUACUUCCAAGUUUUAUUGUUUGGCAUAUGUGUAGGUAUGUCUGUGUGGGAGUGUACGUGUUUGUGUGUAUUUGCAUUCCAAGAUGUGUGUUUGCCUCUGUGAAGACUCAGCAACUGCAGCAUAGCACUGAAACAACAUUUUAAGUAGAAAUAAAUAUGAUUAGUAGCAGGAUGCUGGACAUUACAAAUCUCCUGUUACUUUCAUGAUUUAUGACGUGCUUUAUUGACCUCAGUCUUUAUUUCAGGUUUGAUUACUAGCAACAUAUCUUAAGUUUAAGCAUUAUGACCUUUUGCAGAGCGGAAAAGGCAUUGUGUUUCUGAAAUAAUGGAUCACUAGUGCAUUAAGAGGCAGGAAGGUGAAUGAAUGAGGACAAAAAGAGGCUGUGACAUCAUGGACCGAGGUACAAAGCUCUAAUAUUCUGCUGUAAUACAGGCCUUUAAACAGAAUAUGUUGGAUUUGGCCUUGAAAGAAAGGAUUGUUUGCACCUGUUGGUUACUUCUGUAUUUGUUAUAAAAGAGCCAACCAAAGCUGUAAAACACAGACCACUACAUGCUUCUCUUUCCAAAAAACAAAAGGCCAGAGUGACUCUUUGGUUUGUGAUAUUAACAGAAAAUACCUCUCUUCAACACUUCUUUAAGGUAACGCCAUGGCGAAACAAGAGGUCACAACACUGUUUUUGAAUGAAACGAUUUGGUAAGAUGAAGAACGGUUCUGUCCGUCUUUUGUAAUUUUGAUGCAUUGAAGGGAUAUUCCGGCUUAAAAUAAUUUAGAGUCAAACACACUGUAACACCGGGUUAAACACCCCCCUCGAGAGAUGAAUGUUGCCGACCGCUUGCUUCUCUAGUUAUACCAACUUAAGUAACGACUGCACAUUAGCAAUGCACAGCGGUCUGAGGAGCCAUAAACAAACCUCAACCAAACCGCCACUCUAUAGCCACUAAUAAUGCUCAGAACAGCACCUAACUUCAUCAAAAGUACAUAUAGAGUCCCAGCCAUAGCACUAGCCAACCAAACAUCUUUUUAACUUUGCCUGAUUUCUUUAGCAAAGAGACUAAACACAACUCACCUACUCUCUUCCAGCAGCCGCUUGUUUCUAGCAAGACCUCGUCCAGUCCAUCAUUGACUUGCAGUUCAAGGAAGAACAUAUUCAUAAAUUAACAUUCAGGCUCAGAUUAUAUACUGAAUAUAAUUUUUUGUUUGGCUGGUGGAAAUCUUAAUUUGGAGGGAUGUGUAUCAAGCUGGUUUAUCCAGCCAAGCAAAGCCACCUUAUUGCUGCACAUGCUGGCAUCUUAUGUAUGAUUGAAAACUGACCAAUUUAUAUCAUAGAGAUGAAGUCCUUCACUAGGAUGUGUUAAACUGAUUCACAGUAAGAUUACACAGACAGAGGAAGGGAGGGAUUUGUGUCUCCCUGCCAUAAUACUACACAGCUCAGGGUCCCUUUUCAAGUAUAGAUAAGUGUGGAAUUAAAUUUGAUUAAUUUCCAGAUCUUAAAAAGUAUGGAAAAUGAAAAAUAAAGUAUGGGAAGGUAUUUAUGUUUCCAGACUAUUACCACAGUUCUAAACUUUGUUUUCUAAAAUAGAAAAGUAGGUAUUUCCAAAAAUAACUCCAAAAAGUAGGGUAUGGAAAAGUACAGAAAUUCCAACUGUGUAGAAACCCUGACAGCUGAAAUAUUUAAGAAUUCCAACUUGUUUUUUUAUGUUUGGAAGUACAUUAUUUCAAGCUUUGUAUUGUGCUUCAAACCAAAUCAUUUAUUUCACAAUCUUUUGGCUUAAACGUGGUAUGCUCAGCAAGUUUUAGCAGGUGAACAUUCCUCUGCACUGAACUAAAGCACUGUUAGAUGGGUUGUUUUUUAGUUGAUGACAUUCAGAGCCGAGCAGAGAGGAGAUUGUAGAAAUUUGCCACAAAUCAGUCUAAACAUAAAUAAUAUACCCAGACAUGAGACGCACACAUGCUGUUCAUUAAUGUUAGCAUUGGCACACCCCGUACCCUUUCCCUUUCUGUCCUACAUCGUGUAUUUGUUGUAAUGGUGCAUUUCACAGCUGAAUAAUCAGAUAACAGCAACUCUCCAUCUCUCUCUGCUCCUGCUAUACAGUAGCUCCAUGCCCCAGUCCUCCCAGUAUAAUAGAUGAAAAACCAGACUGGGCUAAAAAGGGAAAGAAUUGUUCUAGACGACAAUACAGUAUAUUAUGGUUGGCAGACACAACUCCCUCCCUCUAUGUUAUGUUGGUGAAAAUGUUUGUACAGGAUUAGAUGGCCUUCAAUCAGAGAUUACCUUUUUAAAUUGUAUCAAAAAUACACAAAAGAAAACAUUUCAAUCUUGGUCGUACAACUCCUUCCUUGUGAAUGUGACACUAACAUUGGCACAGGUAUCCCCUGCAGUGUUUGCACUCUUGCUUAUAUCCUUAUUGAGAUUCAGCCUGCGCCCAGAGCUGACUGUAUAGCCGGUGUGGCGUCAGCAACCGGAUCCCUUGGGAUCUCUUUGCCAGACCCUGACUCAUACCACCUCUGCUACAUUGUGUUGCUACACUUAUGCACAGCAAAAUGCUCCCUCUCCAGUUUUUUUUUUUAACAGGCCAAAUAGAUUGUGCUUUUCUCAACAAGCAGUUUGACUCAAUAAACUGUCAAAUCAGCCACAAAUUCAAGGAUCGAGUCUGUGACACUUUUUCAUUCUGUUACAUAAAAGCUGCCUUGGCAAAAUUGUAUGUUGAGAGAAUCAAUCUCAAGUCUUUCCUUAUUCCCACUCUGAUGCUGGUUUGACUGCAAGUGCUGUGACAUCCAAUCAGAAAGUGACUUGCUAAUUUAACAUUUAACUCUAGUGGACCUGCCAGGGCAAUCAGCACUUUGGAAUACCUUAAAAUACUUGAUGUGGGCGUCGGGUAGGAUCAAGCCUGUGAAAAGUAGGUUUGUUCAGUGUGUGAAAGCUUUCAGUCCUCUCCUCGAACAAAUGAUGGUGAUUUUGCUGCCGUUUCAUUUUACUUGGACCAAGAAGGAGAAAAAGACACAGAGGUUUCUCUGUUCCUACCACAUUUUGUGAGUGCAUGUUUUUGGACCUGGUUUUUGAAUGACUGGAAAAUCAGUAGAGGUACAGUUCUUUUGUCGUACCAUGAAUAAUUAGGUAAUUGCUUUGGGCUGUAGGCAGAUGCAAAAGCCACAGACAGGUCAGAGGGAUAAAAGUGCUGAAUGAAGACAUAAAGGUGAACCAAAAGGUGCUUCUGUCCGCUCCUGUUAACUUGAAUAAUAAUAAUAAUAAAACUGACAUACUUGAUCUAUACUUUUGCAGUCUGUUCUGAACUCAAGUAAAAUGAAAGAUCUAAUCUUCAAGAACAGCAUGUGUGCCAUUUUCAAAAAGAGACUGUUUAUGCUGUCCCUCUUCCUAAAAUGUUGGUGUUAAAGAGGAAAUCCGUGUGUGUGCGUAUGUGUGAGCGUGUAUGUGUGUGUUGACAUCCUCUAAAUGCUGACUUUGUCAAUGCAAGCGUAGAAGUGAUGCUGUAGCACAUUCUCUGGGCUCAGACUGUCUAUCUGCCGAUCUGUUUGCCGUCUAUCUGAGCGUGUUAUGUUGAACUUGGUGUAUGUACUGUAUAUGUGUAUAUCCAUGUCUUGGAUAGGACGCACACAUAGGGGGGGAAAAGCGUUUCUAUUAAAACAUUUUUUUGGUUCAUAGUAAGUUUCAUGUUUUGGGGUUAAACUCACUCUUUGUAGCGUGGGCAUUUAUUCUUUUGUUUUUGUAUUGCUGUAUCUGCCUUUUUUCAGAAGAGGUUGUGUUUCUCUCAGAGAAAAAGAGGCUUGUUGGUACUGCUCCUUCCUUCAGUUUUAUGUUGAAGUUUUCUCUCAACAGUGAGCCCUAAAGUCCCCACAAAGGAAAAGCUAUUCAAAUUAUUGAUUUUUAAAAUCUUGAUUAAUUGAAGAAUUUUAAUACUUAAUCACAAUCAAUUGUAUUUCUUUCAUGUUUUUAAAAAAAAUCUUUUUUAUGCUUUGUCAUGCAGUAAAAGAGACAUAAGGGUUAUAAUUAAAUGUCAUUAUUGUGUUAUUGAUGACAUAUAUCUAUAUUACCGUGUUUACGGGACUAUAAGUCUCACUUUUUUCAUAGUUUGGCUGGGUUUGGACUUAUACUCAGGUGCAACUUAUAUAUUAAAAUAUAUAAUUUUAUAUAUAAUUUGGUUUUGGAUUUUGUAAAACAAAUUUCUCCCCAAAAACGCGACUUACAUCGGUAUAUGAUUUUUCUUCUUCAUUACGCAUUUUUUGGCCGGUGCGACUUAUACUCUGGAGCGACUUAUAGUAUGGAAAAUACGGUAUUACAAUUAUUCAUAGUAUGAAUUGAUAAAAUGAAUGAAUCCAUUAAAAUUUUUGGACACGACUUCACACAAGGACGCCCUUACCCAUGGUGCAAAAAUAUAGAGGCACUAUGACUUUCCCCUUUUUCCCUCAGGGCAGUGACUUUUCUCAUACACUUGACAGAUCACAAAACAGCUCCAUCAGUGCUAUGCCAUAAUUUUUGUCACAAACAAGAAUUUGACCAUACGUCAUCCUUCUCCACAUGAAAACACCUGUCAUUGCUUGCCAGGGCCGAGGCGUCUGCCUCCCACUUUUGUAGUGGGAGAAAUCCCUUACUACGGUGAGAAACAAAAUAACACAUAAUUAAAAAAGAAUUUAUGUGUUAAUAACGAGCCUUUUCCCACUGCGAUUGACACAUUAACACUGACAACACCGGUAUAAAUAGUAAUAUAGUUCAUUCAUGGUGUGGGUCUUUGCAUAGCAGCAUCAGCAGUCAUCACUGCUGAUUAAGUUUUGUCAUCAUUACUAUCCUUUUGUCUUGAGCAGAUCUUUCAGAGGUAAACCAUGAAAACAGGAGCACUGGGAUCUAUCAGUAUUUGGAGACUCAUCUGAAUAAACCCAGUGGUCAGUCUAACUCUAUAAACUCACUAUCCUUCCCUCUCUGAAUUUCUGCAGAAUACAGAGGACCACCUGACGUUCCUGAUCACAGUUCCUGCUGCCCUCUUCCUCUUCCUGUCCAUUUUCAUCCUUGUCUGCAUUGAAUCGGUCUUCAAGCGGAUGCUCGGCCUGUUCUCUCUUCUUAUAUGGGCCUGUCUGGUCACCAUGGGUUACUUGUUCAUGUUCUCAGGAGGGAUCCUCAGCCCCUGGGACCAGGUAGGAAAAUCUAUGGGUUUGAUUUGUGCUUGCCUUGAUGUGUUUCACUUACUUUUGCUAGGCCUGCUAAGGUAUCUAUUCUUAUACUCCUGGUUCUUGUUUUUUGUUUUGGCGUAAGCAGGCUUACUUUUCUAGUGACCAAAUUUUGCUGGCUAAGUUUAUAUUAGCUUCAUUAAAUCAUGAAUUAAACUGCAUGGAAUAACUCAAACUUUUUAAAGUUUGCAAUUGAUAUGAUACAACAUGAGCACCACAUUUAUAUCCCUAAAAGACUGAAGGUAAAGCUGUUUGUGUCACCAAUAAAGCGUCAUCUUGAUCAAUUAAUAAGUAAGAAAAAAAAAAAGCAAUAUUUUGGUGAGAAAAGUAGAUAUUAUUCUCAGCAAUAUAAAAGAUAAUCUGUAUAGAAAUUGCUAACUUCUUAGCAUGGGCUCUAAUGAGCUCAAAAUACAUAAUCAAAAGAGGUUAUGUGUGUAAUUUUAACAGCAAAUAUUCAUGUCAUAAAAAGGUUCUUGCUGGUUUCGUCUUUAGACUAAGAUAUAUAUCAGAACUCUUGUGUUGAGUUAUGGCUGCCAUGAUGCUGUGAUGUCUGCACAAUCACUGCUCAUGGAAGAGACAAAAAGAAAAAUUAAGAUCUUCUGGGCUAAAUGAGCAACUCAGCAGUCAGAAGAUAUGCACAUAUAUUACAUGCCACACCUUAGAUCCCCAUGAAGUAGGGAGAGUCAGACACGUGCAUGUGUAUCCAUGAGUGUUUUUGUGAUGUAGGAGUGUCUUUUGAGUACCCUCACCUAUUAAUUUGUCAGUGUUCUUACAUUACAUGAUUGUGUGUGUGUGUGUGUAUGUCUGAGUGUGUGUGUGUGUGUGUGUAAGAUUUCCGGCAUGAGCGAAGAAUUAAUUCUGCCGGUGACAAGUGUUAAUGAGGCCUGAUGAGAACUGGAGGUGAGCAGAUCAGCAGACAGACACAUUAGUUUUCAAUGCCAGACACACUCUCUCUCUCUCUCUCUCUCUCUCUCUUUCUCUCUCUCUUUCUCUCUCUCUCUCUCGCUCUCUCUCUCUCUCUGUCUCAGAAAUCCCAUUUUCUCAUGGUAGCACCCUGUCUCUCCCUAUUCAUCAAAUCCCAUAUUUCUCUUUCCAGCUUCUCCACCUGCCUUCUUGUUAAGACGCCCCACCUUUUACUCUCGAUCCCCAUCUACCACUGCUUCACUCUGUCUAUCCCUGCUCCAGGGUGGAGGUAUUUUUACCAUCAGCCACCUGUGAGACCAUUAUUGCUAUGCAUUAUUAAAUCUAUCUAUCUGUCUGUCUGUCUGUCUGUCUGUCUGUCUGUCUGUCUGGCCGUCUGGUUAUCUAUCUAUCUAUCUAUCUAUCUAUCUAUCUAUCUAUCUAUCUAUCUAUCUAUCUAUCUAUCUAUCUAUCUAUCUAUCUAUCUAUCUAUCUGUCUGUCUGUCCGUUUGUUCGUCCAUCCGUCUGUCCUUUAAACCAUCUAUCUAUCUAUCUAUCUAUCUAUCUAUCUAUCUAUCUAUCUAUCUAUCUAUCUAUCUAUCUAUCUAUCUAUCUAUCUAUCUGUCUGUCCAUCUGUCCUUUAAUCCGUCUAUCUAUCUAUCUAUCUAUCUAUCUAUCUAUCUAUCUAUCUAUCUAUCUAUCUAUCUAUCUAUCUAUUUGUCUGUCUGUCUGAUCUAAUCUAUCUGUCGUUCUGUCUGAUGAGUAUAAAGCAAGAAAAAAAGAAAGACUAAAAGGCAAGAAAGAAAAAUAACUCGAGCAGAAACCUGUUAGGAAAAAAGAGAACAGCUGGAAGUUCAGCCAGCUCUCAGCAGGUUGGAUUGAUUGUGAUUACUGAGAGAACAGCAUGUCUGAUGGAGAGCACAGAGCUAAUAACAGGAAAGCCCUGAAAAAGAGUGAGAGUUGGUUAGACAGAGGAGGGACGGGGAGAAGCCGCUGCAGUGUUUCAUCAUUUACUCUUAUCCCAUUCACAUGACCUAUGACAUGCUGAUAUGAUUAGUCUCUUCCUUUACACAUGAAAGAAACAUGGUUUGUACCUUUAAAAGAAAACUCUGAUUGUAUCCUGAAAUGCUGCAGUUAUACUACAGAAGUACUAAACAGAGCAAAGAGCCAAAUAUUUCCAAUGUGUGUAUUGGCGCAUACUUGUCUGUGCAUCUGGGUGCAUCGAGGCAAGCAAGCUCAUGCUGCUUUUGUCUGAAACACAGAGUAGUGAACGGGCAGAAAGAGGGGAAAAACACCCAGGAAGCUGAAGUGAGAUGAUAGCCACAGCUGCUAUUUGGAGGCCUUUGAGAGUGUAUUAGGAUUCAGGCCAGGCUGUAGAAGAGAUGGAGUGUGUCUGGCUGCUUGUGUGGCAGAUAGGAGCAGGUCACACACCUGAAAUUGGACUGCCAUUUUUAAUUUCCACAGACAAGAAGCUCAUCCCAGCUCGCACUCGCUGUCAGGCGAUACAAGACUUAGAAAUGAAAGACAAAAGUAUUUUUUAUAACAUAAGCACAUAUUUGGUCAGAUAAUACGACUCAUCCAAUCCAAUCUAAUCCGUUUUAUUAAUAUAGCGCAUUUUGAAAAACAUUCAAGUUUACCAAAGUGCUGCACGGUAAAAUUAAAAGAACAAACACGCAGAAAACAUCAAGAGGAAUUAAAUAAAAACAGGUAAAAAAAAAAUAUUUAAAAUAAAGUAAAAUAAAUGAAAUAAAAAUACAAAAGCAUGAAAUAAUUAAAAGUGAUAAAAAGGACCAUAAAAGACGUUAAAGGACAGAGAUCACACAACUCUCAUGCCGCACUAAAAGCCAAGGAAUGAAAAUGAGUUUCAAGACGUAACUUAAAAGUACGGAGGGUGGAGGAUGUUUUAAUCUUGAGUGGCAAUUUGUUUGACAAUUUGAGAGCCACAGCCGAGAAAGCUUGGUCGCCACGGGUUUUUAAAUGAGUUUUAGGGUCAACGAGUUGGAGCUGAUUAGCAGACCUCAUGCAACGUGGGGGGGUAUAAACAUUGACGAGGUCAGAGAUGUCCUGUGGUGCUGAUCUAUUUAAAGAUUUAAAAACAAACAAUAACAUUUUUAAAUGAAUACUUAAAUGAACGGGAAGCCAAUGGAGGGACACCAGAAUUGGAGUGAUGUGAUCAUGUUUUCAUUUACCUGUUGAAAGACGAGCAACAGCAUUUUGGACUAACUGAUUAUCCUGAUUAACGCCAACGUAAAGAGCGUUACAGACGUCCAACCGUGUGGAAAUAAAAACAUGAAUUACUCGCUCAAAAUCAUUAAAAGAUACAAACGAUUUAAUCUUCGAUAAAAGCCUCAGAUGAUAAAAACUGGAUUCAACAACAACAGAGUUGAUUUAUUGAUCCGAUUUUUUAAAUUAUUGUCAACUUCUACACCAAGAUUUAAAACUGUGGGUUUAAAAUAAGGUAAAAGAGAGUCCAGCCCCCUGACCCAUCGUGCUGUAUAACCCCACAAGACGAACCUCCCUCAGCUCUUUUAUGUGGCCAAUCUGUUUCACUUCAAGCAGUAGAUUCCUGUUUGCAAACCGACUCUUUGAACGUGAAAGGUAAAGGAAACAAACAGACAGGCAGGAUGGUCAAAGUUCAUCUUGUGUCUCAGUUCAAACUGGGACCUGGUCACUCUGGUCACCACCACAACAGGAAGGGGUGUACUGACAGCAGGGGAAGUGGAUGGGGGACAAAGCAAGAGGUUAAGUCGCGUGGUAUCUAACCCAAUAGGAAGCACAACAGACAGAAUGUCUACUGUCUCAUUACAGUGAAGCAGGAAACAUCAUCAUUUCUUAUGCUCACUGCUCACAGUAACAGGAUUUUGAGAUUUUUCAAGCUGAAUGAGCGGCCCACUCAUCUUAUCAUUAAUUACAGGAACAGCAUUUUAUCCUUGGAAGUCACAGAUCCUAAAUCUCUGUUGGGAUUUCAGCCCAGACAUUUGUCGUCAUCUAUGUUUGGAUAUUUUCUCGGUACUUUCUGGCAUUACUGCUGUACUUGAAUGAAAAUCUGCCAGAGUUGGUGACUAAUGUGAUAACAGUCCACGAUGACUGCAGUUUUGUAAAAAUUGUUAUUUUCUGAACAUAGUGGUGUGAGGGGAUUUUUUUCACUCUCAUGAAUAGUAGCUAAUUAUUUGAUGUUAUCUGUAAAUGUAGAAGUAUUACUGAAACUAAGGCUGGGCGAUAUGGGAAAAAGUUUAUCACAAUAUAUAUUUUUUCAUAUCAGUCGAUAUCGAUAUAAAUAAUGAAAUAUAAAAAAUGAAAUUUAACAGUGCUUAUUGGUAGCAUGUCUUUUGCAGAACAAUAAUCCACUGCACCUGUGAGGUCUUUGUGUCUCUUCGACGUUUUGUCGCUAGAGAAAGCGGACUGAAUGGUUGGCUGUUUUGGCUGCGCAGGCGCCAUGGGCUCCUUGCUCCACUUGGGGUUUGUAACCUUUUGCAUUACGCGUGCUCUUCUGGGUGGCACUGCUUCAGCUAGUGAAAAAGAUUUGAGGUAUUCCCCGACUUUGUGAGAACAUGUACUCGACAUAAUUUGCAGUGCGACCAAAAACCAAAAUGCCUCCACAACACUGCCGUUUUCAUGCCAGUGUUGCGCUCAUUUCCCUUUUUCCUCACCAACAGUGCUGCCAGCUUCACCUGUUAAAGUGCUAUAGUUGCGUGUAGCUGCAGCCUGCUACUACACAGUUGUUUGCUACUUGGUUCUAAUUCAGCACAUGAUUGGUUCAGCAUGAAGCUGACCCGCAGCAACUCCCCUUUUCAUUGGCUAUUUGUAUAGUCUACCAAAACAUGGCAGAAUGCAGACUCGUGAAAAGCAUAUUGACCAUGUUUCAUAUCAAUUUUUGAUAUAUAUUGUUUUAUCGCCCAGCCCUAGCUCAAGCUAAAAAAGAGUUUAGCAGUAUUUCUGUAAGAGAAUUCAAAACAUCAAGACUUCUGCAUUGAUCAGAUUUGUUUUCUACAGAUGAACCCCUUCACUGACAUCAGUCUGUAUCCUGUUUGCAGGUGUCCUUCUUCCUUUUUAUUGUGUUUGUUGUGUACACCAUGUUGCCUUUCUCUAUGAGAGCGGCCAUUAUCGCCAGUGCCAUCACCUGCUCCUCCCACACGGUCACCCUCAGCGUCUGUCUGGCCUUUACUGUCAAAGAACUGGAACCUCUGGUCUGGCAGGUAAGUCUGACAAUUAACAAUGUUGAAUCUGUGAUGUCCAAACUUUCAUCGCUCAACAGGGAACUGUUGAAAUCUGCACUUUACAUCCUGCUGCUAAUGUAGAUUAUUUCACUUUCAGCUUUCCUGUUAUUUUUUGUUUUUUAACUCUUAAGCCUAGAUAGUUACUUUACACCAUUAUGAGUAGCAGCACAAGGGUGAGUGCAUCAUUUUGGUCAGGCUGUUACAUGCACAAUUAGGAAUGAUGGGGUACAGUAUCUUCGUAAUAGGGUCUGAGCUUGAAAGCAGUAAACUUAUCCUAUACCACCAGGAUACAGCACAUUCAGCAAAGCCUCUAGAGUCAAAUGAACUCAGGUUUAAUACACUCAGGACACAGCUCUUCUAACAGAGGAUCUAAAUGGACUCACUCUUGUUGGAGUAGAACACUAUAGUACCAGAACCAAAAUCAACCUGAUACAGCUUCUAAAAACAAACAUAACUCAUACAUUUUAAAAUGAUGUAUGUCUCAGUGACUCUCUCUGAUUAUUUAUAUCAGCAAACACAGUGAUUUCGCUCAAAUCCCUGUAGUUUCUCUUUUUCUUACUCUCUCUCUCUCACACACAUGCACACUGGAAUACUAAAUCAGCAAUAAACCACAGUGAAACAUGGUCAUUGCCCUUGUAUAUAGCAACAAGGCCAACCGAUUAACACGUCAGUCUACGUUUUAAAGGGCCUAAGGUUGACAGAGUGGUGGAAAAGUGCGAUCGAAGUGUGUGCUCUUGCUUUUACGAGGCGGUAAUAAUGUAGGCUUAAGGAAAAGGAGGCAGAUAGCAGGAAAAGUACAUGCUCAAACAUGACUGGAACAUGAGUCAUCUCCUGAUAGUAGCUGCCCUAAUGUUGUGCUCUCUGUGUGUAUUUGUCUACGUGGUGGUAGAUCUUAGCGAAUGUGAUCAUCUUUACCUGUGGAAACCUGGCUGGAGCGUACCACAAACACCUGAUGGACCUCGCUCUGAAACAGACCUACCAAGAUACAUGCAACUGCAUCAAGUCUCCCAUCAAGCUUGAGUUUGAGAAGCAUCAGCAGGUACCCACAUACACACAUGCUGCACAGCUUCAGUGUCACAACAUGUUGAACUUUUACUGCAUGCAAAAGUGUUUUUUUUCCAGUAGCAAAAAAACACCACUUCCUUAUAUCCAUCUUUAUUCUUUCACUUUAAGAAGUUUCAAAAGUUAUGCAAUUCAUCCCUUUGUAAAAUGAUACCAACAUUAAGCUUAACUGAGUAAAAUAUUUGGUGUAUAUACUCACAUUUUUUUCAUAUCAACACAAAUUUUAGUAACACUUUACAAUAACCAUGAUUUAUAAAUGGCAAAUAAAUAGUUUAUUAAUGUAAGAUAAUAGUUACUUUACCAUUAACAAGCAGUGAAAUUAUGAUUUUUCAUUAAUUAUUAAUGGACUAUUUAUUAAAGGUUUAUAUAGGGUUUAAAUAUUGGUUAUAAAACAUCCAGAUUGAAAUGUGUGUCAGUAGCACUUUGUAAAUGAUUAAUAAGUGGUUUAUAAACCACCUAUAAACAUUACUUGAGGGUUAUUGUAAAGUUAGGGUUAGGGUCAGGUUUUUAAAAUUGCAAAAUUUACAAUUUAUUAAUGGUCUAUAUGCUAUUUAUAAAUGAUGAUUAAACAUUAAUAAACUAUCUGCUUACCAUUUACAAAUGGUCCAUUUACCAUUUAUAAGUUAUGGUUAUUUUAAAGUGUUACCUAAUUUUUAUUUCAAAUAAAACCAAGCAAAGAUAAAGCUUUAAACACCACUCUUGUAUUGGCUUUUGUUGCAUAGUGGACGUAUGCAGUGACCAUUUGUGCUCAAGAUUACUAAAAGGGUUUAACCAUUACCACUAUGAGUUUCUAAGGUAGGCUGAAGACGUUUCUAACCUGCUCUCAAAACCAUAAAAAGCAUCUAGGGGCUAAAAUGAAUUUGGACUUUAAAGUUAAUUACCUUUUUUUUCACCACUUAGUUUGGUCUCAGAUGAGGAAUUAGCUAGUCCAUUAUGUCUAAAAAGGCACUAUGUGUUGACAUUAGCAUAUUUGCCUUGACAUUAGUCCUGCUAUCAGACUGUGAAAAUGACAAAUGAAAUUAGUAGUUCACACCAUUCCAAAGGGGUUUGCGAUUAAUAUCAAUGAAAUUUUACAUUUCAUAGGAUUUCCUUUUUUAAGAAUAAUGUACUCCUUAUUACCAAUAUCUACUGUAUGUGUGGGUUUGUGUGUGUGUGUGUGUGUGUCCUGUUUGUUAGAGAAUGCAUGCAAAUGCCAGAACAUGACUAAUCAAAUGCCAAAUUUCAUUCAAAAGCAGAGUAUAAUCACUAGUGCUCAUUAAUUAAACAUGAUGUUUAAAGCCAAAUCUCCUCAGGCUAUAACACCCUCACUCUCAGCGACAGCGAAGAGUGUCCAUAUUUCUUCCGUAAUGAAUAAGUAAAUGAGCACGGUUGGUGUGGGUUUCUAUUUUUAGUUUACCCCAUCACACACACACACACACACACACACACACACACACACUGACAGACUUCUCUCCUAACCCCUCUCUCUCUGUCUAAUUUGUUGUUACGUUUUAGGAAAUGAGCUUGUGCUGUGUGAACACUGUAAUAGCCCUCUCUGCUGUGUGAUGCAUUUAUGAGUCACAUCCCUUAGGCAGAUGCUGUUCACUUUCUCCACUAUGCACAUACACACACAUACGCACACACACAUGCACACUAAAAUCACCUUUAAACAACCAUCCAUCCAAUGUGCAUGGUGUCAGAUCAAGGCAAAAAGCCCGUAUUUUACAUGGUUACAUAAACAGCAGCUACAGGUGAUCUUCCGUAGCUGGUAACUUUUUACACCUGUUCUGUUUAAAUGGUGCACAUGUUAUGAAGUACUGAACUUUUUUGAGCUUUACAAUCAGCUCUACUGGGCAGCUUAAACUUUGAGCAAAACGUAGUCUUCAGAGGCAAUACUGACUUAGAUUUCAUCCGAUUGUGGAAGGAAAGUGGUUGGGUCCUUUUUGAGUGAGUUCGAUGUUCUUAGCAUUAGUUGGAUGUAGGGCUGGGUGAUAAAACGAUAACGAUAUAUAUCGAAAAUUUAUUUCCCUUAAUAUAGAUAUAAAACAUGGUCGAUAUGCUUUUCGAUAGUCAUGUUUUGGUAGACUAUACGAAUAGCCAAUGAAAAGGGGUCUGCUUCGCGCUGAAUUAAUCAUGUGCUGAAUUAAUCAUGUGCUGAAUUAGAACCAUGUAGCAAAAAACUGCGUAGUAGCAGGCAGCAGCUACACACAACCAUAGCACUUUAACAGGUGAAGCCGACAGCACUGUCGGUGAGAAAAAAAGGAAAUGAGUGCUCCCCCCAACAGAAAUGGAGAUGAAGGCUCAACAUAUAAUGAUAUCAUCUACAACACUGGCAUGAAAGCGUCUGUAGGGUGGUAUUUUGUUUUUUUUGAGGUCGGACAUGAAACAGAGUAAUCUGCACUGCAAAUCAUGUUGAGUACAUGUUCUUGUAAAGUCGGGGAAUACCUCAAAUCUUUUCACCACCUGAAGCAACGCCACACGGCAGAGCACGUGCAAUGCAAAAGGUUACAAACCCCGAGCCGAGCAAGGAGCCCAUGGCGCCUGUGCAGCCAAAACAGCCGACCAUUCAGUUUGCUUUCUCUAGUCCAACGCCUCACGACAAAACGUCAAAGAGACACAAAGACCUCACAGAUGCAUAAGCUUAUUGUAUUGCAAAAGACAUGCUACCAAUAAGCACUGUUACAUUUCAUUUUUAUAUUGUGAUAUACAUCGAUAUCGACUGAUAUGCAAAAAAUACAUUGUGAUUUUCCCAUAUCGUCAAGCCCUAGUUGGAUGCUACCUUAGAAGAGUGGAACAGUCCUUGAAGUGGGUUGACCUGGUUCAACUCCCACCCUCAGUCCCUUGCCACAUGUCAUUCCUUGUUUCUAACCUUAUCCACUAUCCUGUCCUCUUAUUUAAGGCAGAAUAAAUCCUACACAAAACAAUGUAUAAAAAAAUAAAAUCAGUGUUACCUGUAUUCUGUUACUCAUCUGAUCUUCAGUCCUGUAACAAACUUCUCAUAUCCUGUCUUGGUUGCUUGACUUUGUCUGACCUUCAUCCCUACCCACUCUUUGUCUCCAGGAGCGUUUGCUGUUAUCCCUACUGCCAGCCCACAUAGCCAGAGUGAUGAAAGCUGAGAUCAUCCAGAGACUACAGGGACCAAACUUUGGUCGAACUGAGAGCGCCAACAACUUUCACAACCUCUAUGUGCAACGGCACACAAAUGUCAGGUCAGGUUCCUUUCUCCUGCAUCUGUGCCUCCACAUCUCAAAGGUUAUAAUUUUCUGCUCUCUUCUCAGCACUCCAUUUCCCCUUUACCUCAUCACCUCCGCCCAAGCCCUGUUCCAGUCUUCUGUUAAUUUCCUUUUCUACUUACUCCCACAUUUAGAUGGCUCUAUACUCACUCCUACCACCCUAUAUAAGCUACCUAUAUUUCUUAUUUACCUCUUCUCCACCAUCUUGAUAUUUCUUUUCAUAGUCACAGCCAAAUCUAAUGCACAGUUAAUCCACUUCCCUUAUUCCUUGAGGUCACUUUGCCGAAUGAAGAGGGAUCUACCUAUAUCCUUUGUUGUAGAUAACAACCUCUCGUAUAGCCAUCAGAUUCAAAAAACAAUUCCAGUUCAAGCAUAAGAAGGAGCUACAUCAUAUACUGAAGCUGUACAGGGCCACACUGUCACUAUAUUCCAUUGAGAAGGGCCUUAGGUGUGCGUGUGUUUUUGUAUUGACAUGUUUGUAUGCGCUGACACGGAUCUGACUACUUUUUACAAAGAAGUCGGCUCAACUUAUUAGCAAAAUGCUAAAACCUGUGAAUUGGUGCUCCUUUUUUUACCUGUUGGUUUAAAAUAUGCUUGAAAAGUUAUAUAAUAUUACUAUUUUGCUUUGUUGUCUCUUGGCUUCCUCACCCUUUGUUUUAUAUAGCUAUUUAAAUCUUUUUAUCGUGAAUCACUUGGGUACCUUUUAACUUGAAAUAAAGUUCAUUGAAAAACAAACAAACUUAAGUUUUGUGGACCCAGAUAGCAGCAUUUCCUCAAACUAGCACUGUGUUGAAGUAAAUACUUUGCUUUUUGUAGUAAAUUUUUGAGAUUUGUGACCUGCUAUAAUGCUCUUCUCACUACUGUGUUGAUAUGCUAAAUCACUAGUAAUGUAAUAUACCAUAAACAAUAAAACAACAUAAAACCAUAACAACAUAAAAAUACAUCAUAAACACAGUAGAGCCAGACAGAUAUGUACAACUUCUAUAAACCUGAAAACUUACACUGAGAUUUGUAAGCGGAAAUGUUUAUGUUUCUGUUAGGAAUCAAAAAGGGGAACCUAAAUCCACUUGUCUUUUUAAAUCUUAUUCCAGUCAGACACUUUGAACUGGUCUUUAUUCGAGACUCAAGUGCUGUUUUUAAAAGUCUGCCAAACUACUUUUUUUCACAAGUAGCAGGUAACUUACAUCGAGUGCAAAAAUGCUAAACAGACUUGUAACUAAAAAGGCUUUUCUGGUCUUUCCUACCACUCAAAGUGCUUUUACACCACAGGCUACAUUCACCCAUUUAUACCACAUUCAUAUGCAGAGAGCCAGAGAUACUAAAAUACAGGACCAUUGGUACCAACCAAUCCCACUCAUGAGGAUUAUGCCACCAGGAGUUAUGUGGGGUUCAGUGCUUAAAGAUACUUAAGCAAGUGGACUGUGGGAGCGGGGAUCAAACUGUCAGCUCUCUGAUGGAGAGGCGGCUGACUCUGCCACCUUAUAACACAUACUCCAGUGUAAAGACCAUAUUAUGUACUGAUAGAGUGGCCUCUACCUCUCUUUAUGAAGUACAAAUAAACUAUAAGUGUGUAAUUACUUGAUGGUUGUAUGAUUAAUAAAUAACAUUAAUAUUUAAAUGAUUUUUGUUUCUUCUGCAGCAUUCUGUAUGCUGACAUUGUAGGCUUCACCAGGCUGGCCAGUGACUGCUCUCCAGGUGAACUUGUGCACAUGUUGAAUGAGCUCUUCGGCAAGUUUGACCAGAUUGCAAAGGUAACUGAGUUAUCAGCACAUUUCAUAGACCAGGACAAGACAAAAAUCAGCCAAACUCUUUCAUGCUUCUCCUGCAAAAUGCAACUCAAUGGUGCACCAGCAUAAGAUGCAGCUUUUUGUCCAUAGCAGUCAAAAAGUGAAGACCAACACCUCAACCCACUUUCAGUUUCACUUCGAUUCAUUUUUACAUUAUCCUGUAAGGUCUCUGUGUUAAAUGUUUUUUAAUAAUAGUUGAAGACAAAAAUAGGUUUGUGCAGUAAUAUAAUUUUCUCUUCUGUUUCCCUUCUUGACAAAAACACUUGUAUCAUAUGUCACGGCACAUUUAAACAUAAGACCAACCAAACACCAUCUACAUUCAGAUUUAGAUCACUUUAUUUAUUUCACUUUAGGGGCAAUUCAGUUUGCAAUAUAUGGCAUACACAGCAAAAGACAGGACAUUUAACACAUUCAGUCAACAAUACAAUACACAAGUCUGUCAAUGUGCAGGACAGCUGAAGGGUCAGCUAUAAAGUGCAGUAGUGGCAAGUGCAAUAGUCACAGUAAAUAAGUAAAUAAAUAAUCAAUUUAAAAGCCUAAAAAGGAAAAAAAAUUAAAAUAACAACCGUGUACACUAUGCACUAUCACUGGCAUUUAAAAGCCUAAUGGCUGAAGGAAUAAAAGAGUUGCCAUUUCUGUUUAUUUCCCAGCUCGGAGUAAGAUAUCGCCUCCCAGAGGGCAUCAAGGAAACACUAAUCAGCCCAAACUAAUCAAGAUGUAAACAGAUCGAUCCUAAAUCCCAAGUCUGCCCCAAACUAAUAAAUAAAGAGCUGAAGUUUGUAAUUGUGUAAAUGAUCUAAGGGGGCAAAGUGGUGGAGUUAGCGAUUCCUCAGAUAUUACUGUAGUGGGAAAAAUAUAUAAAAAUGAUGCAUUAAGUAUACAGAGUACCUGUUUUGUUUUUAAGUAAAGCUCUUAGCAGAUUUGACUGAAUAUUUCUUACAGUAAACCUAUCUGAAAAUUAUGCAUUUACUAAACAAAUUCAGUCUUGUGCUGUCAAUCAUUCCUGGUGCGGCCUUGAAAUGAAUAACUUCUCUUUCCUGCAGCUAGUGCCAGCCUUGUUGUUGUACUUUCUCCGAGCUCUGUGUGAGCUUAGGGCUACAGGUGCUGCAGUGUGGGCUGGUCAGUGUAUCUCGGGGUCUCAUGGGCUCUCUGCUUUCGGGUCCAAACAGUUGAGUCAGGCUCCUCUCUGCUUUAUCCAGCAGUUCUGUCCUUCUGCCUGAUGAAACUGCCGUUAUAUAAACCUGGAGCAGUGAUGAGCUGUUAUACAUCCCACAUGUGGAAUGAGAGCUAAUAGGCUAUGUGUGUGGGUGUAUGAUUUUGGACUUGAUGGAUGUGACUAUGUGUGCAUGUGUGUGAGGUUUGUGCUGAGGUGAAAAAGAAUGUAGCAUGUAUAAAAGAAAAAUUAAACCUUAACUUAAAGUAUUAAUCAUUUUCAAACACAUACUUGAGUUUGAUUAUUGCAUAUUAUGCCCGUCAACAUAAUCCAUGUUCGCUCUCUCUUCAAGGAAAACGAGUGUAUGAGAAUCAAGAUCCUGGGAGAUUGUUACUACUGUGUCUCUGGUCUGCCCGAGUCGCUGCCUCACCACGCCAGGAACUGUGUGAAGAUGGGCUUGGAUAUGUGUGAGGCCAUCAAGUAAAACACCAGAUCUCUUUUCUUUCUCUUCCUCACAAACAGAAACACAAACAAACACACGCCUGUCAAACAGAUAAACCAGAAGGAAUGCCAGGCUUGAUUACAGCUCUGUUUGAGCUCCGGAGUAAACAUAUCGUGAGCCCAAUACGAUAAGCCUCCCAACUGAACAAAUAUAAGUUCCAAACAAAUAGUCCUUUUCACUUUCCCCCUCCUGCUCCAUGUUUCUGUCUCCCAGUCAUCCAUGAACACAUUUAUGAGUUUUCUAGAUUAGUAUGUUUGCUUGAUACCAUUAACCCGUAGUCACUCUGAUGAAAGAUACCAUUUGGCAUCAUUCAUCAGUGGUAUAACACCCCAGUGUCUGUAUUUUAAAUCAGCUCAGAGGAAUUUGUCAACAAAACAGGAAGUUUAUUCUGAGAAAAUGCUGAAUCAUUUUGGCACCAGUCAGACAAUGACGUAGUGGUUACUGCCAGCAUGGGUCAUGGCAGUCUAUAUACAGGUGAUGUGAUAUAAUACAUAUUUGUCACAAAAUACUUGAUGAAAAUCAUUUUUUUUAUUUUUCUUUUGUGUUUCUGUACAAGCUGAAAUAUACGGUGGCCGAGAACCGCCACUGCUGCAAAUAAAAUGAAUACAAAAAAAAAAAAAAAAAAAAUGCCACAACGGAAGUUAUUGAUGAAAAAGAAAGAAACCGAGGCCUACUGCAAAUUUUUUUUUAAAAAGUCACAACAGAAGUUAAGUUAGUGACACCAAAAAAAAGUUUCUUACUGCGAAAAUAUAAGGAUGCAAAUUUUAAAAAAGCCACAACGGAAGUGAGCUGCCGGGGACCAAUAAUGGAAAAAAAGCAAGGGGUCUGCGUACUUAUUUCGAUGAGUAAAGCAACCGAACCAUAAAGCUAACAAACUUGAUUCUCCUCUCGUGGGUGGUCUUUCGGGCCGUAGUGGGUUUCCCAUGUUGGCCAAAGCUAACACUACACCAGCAUCCUCCAGUUCAACUUCAUAUCGACUCAGGUGCAACAUUUCCUUACGAAAUGACACAUUGAAAAGCACACAAAGCGAAAUUAAACAAUAAGUCGUAUUCUGUGGUUAGAUCGUAAAACACUGGUGCAUAAUCAUUAUGCAUCCCUGGCAGCUCACUUCUAUUGUGGCUUUUUUUUCGCAGUAAGCAACUAUUUGUUUAAUUUGCAUUGCCACUUUUUUGUGUCUUUAACUUCCAUUGUGGCUUUUUUUUUUAUCUGCAACAUUAUUUUUUUGCAUCGGUAACUUCUGUUGUGGCUUCUUUUUUGGCACUCUUCUUUUGUUCGCUGUAAUUGGAAGUAAAAAGUAUGCGUAACCUUUUCCCUUCCUCCUGGCUUUAUGCUUACUCAUCUAGCUUCAUCCCAACUCCAGCUCUGUGUCUCAUUAUGCAGUGUAGAACACAAAAACCUGAUAAAAAAAAUGCAUGCAAGUCAUUUCUCCCAAAUUCUGACAAUUAAUUUUCUGCUCUUGGCCCUCAAAAGGAAGGUUCGAGAUGCCACUGGAGUUGAUAUCAACAUGCGAGUUGGAGUUCAUUCUGGAAACGUCCUCUGCGGGGUAAUCGGCCUCAGGAAGUGGCAGUACGAUGUGUGGUCACAUGAUGUAACACUAGCUAAUCAUAUGGAGGCCGGAGGUGUCCCAGGGUAAGGUUUUAUCAAUACUUUGAAGAUUUUAGCUGAAUAUGAACACUUUUUCCUUCAUAUCAGAUCAUGCAUCUUCAGUCUUUGACCAACUUCAGGCCUGAUCUUUGAUGUUGCAUGAUUUAGUUUGUGUACCAAAGAGAGUGUGUUUGGGAUUAGACUGACAUUUCUCUCUCACGCUUCUUGAACUGGAGUUGUACUUUAUUGAGUGAGUAAAUUCCCAUCUGCCUCAUUUGCUCCUUCAUGUGGCCUGAAGCUGGAUGAGCAAGUCUCAGUGACCAGCAGCAUUGUAUCAUUAUCCAGUUCAAGUGGAGUGUUGUCUUCGGUUAUUAAGUGGCUUUUUACCCUUGAAGGAUAACACUCAUUAUUUUGUUUGUAUCGCUUCCUGGGGCGUUAAUAUUACUAGAUCACUUGUAAGCAGGAGAGAAUAACAUAGAUCAGCCUCCACAAACUAACAAAUAUCUCAUCAGUGUCAGGGCCUGCAGGAGGAAAACUAUCCCUGUGCGCAGGUGUUGUGUGCAUACAUUUAAAUAAACCAUUAAGCAUUCAUUGGAUCAAGACAACAAUUCUGACCUAAAAUACAAUGUAUAUAAUAAUCAUAUAAAUAUUAGGUGUCAAUAUUACUUUUAUAUUACUAUUUCAAUGACAUUCAGAAGUUAGGCGGAGGCUGUUGGUGGCUCAGCUCUUGCAUACCACAAUCUGAAUAAAUGAGUCUUUGUUAACUUGCUCAAGGAAGUUAGCUGAAUAUAAGGAGUGACAUUUUUUUGCCAGAUCUGUAAAUAAUCAGCUCCACUGGUGCUCCACUGGUAAUGACUCUCCCCUGUCAUUUAGCUCAUCAUAAAUAGGGAUAGGAUCUAACACCGUCAGAAAGAGAGUGCACAGCACAGUUCUGGGCAGCAGAGUGUGGGACAAAAAAGUAACAAAAAAAAAACAAAAAAGUACUGAGAACUGCUCAGAACUAGAGAACUUUGUUGGGGGCUUGUACUUGAAUAUAUCCGCAAGAUUUGCUUUGUUAUUUAGACCUUGGGAUGGACAGGUGAUGAGCAUUUCAUGGUGCAUUUGUUUGCCAAAAUCUAUUCUUUUUAAAUUUUCUCCUCAGUGGAUUUUCACUGAGCUAAGAUUGUUGUGUUUCAGCUGCCAGCUUCAUCCACAUUUAGCCAAACAUAAGUGUACUACAUAAAGAAAGUGCACCUCCUCUACAUUACUUUAAUCAAGAGCAGACUGACGUGCUGUUCAGUGUUCUUAUUCCAACCUAUUAUAAAUACUUAGGGUAAUUUUAGUCCCCCGCUUUGACCAAUCAUCACUACAUCAGUAAAAUGGCCAUUAGUCCAACCUUCCUGUAAUGAACAUGGGGAAAAAAUAAUUCAGGUGCUUAUGUGUGUUUCUGAAAGUUGCAGCGUGUUUUCUCUCAGGGCUGCUAAUGGUUUGUCUCCUCUUGCCUGCUGAAAGGUAUCUGAAAAAUAUGCCCUCAGAAAAUAAAAAAAAUCACAUUCUCAUCCACUCUGCAAGAGUUGCAAACAAAUCUGAAAAUUGAAGGUGGAAAGAAAAUGAAUUGUCCGACGCUAGCUCUUGACCUCUCAUCAUCUGUCCUCUUAUUACUCUCUGUCUCAUCAUCUCCAGGAGGGUUCACAUCUCCUCAGUGACAUUAGAGCAUCUGAAGGGCUCUUAUAAAGUGGAGCCUGGGAACGGGCAGAGCCGAGACUCAUAUUUGAAAGAACAUGGAGUGGUCACCUACCUGGUCAUCAACCCAAAGGUCAGAUACCAUUCACUUAAAUUGUUUUCAAUGCUUCACUGAUAGGUGUUCUCUGACUUAAGAAAGAAUGAAGGAUUUGAGAUGUUGUAGCAUAACAGGUAAAUCUAAUAUGCAUUUCUUUGGCCAUCCAGGUUCAUCUGUUAUUGUAAUAUUGUUAUUCAUAAGGUUAAAGGUAAAACACAUAAAUCCAGACUGGUGUACCGUAUCUCAGUAGCCUGUUUAGCAGAAUUUUUGUGCAUAUCUUCAUAGUCCCCAGAAUAUGUGUUCGACUUACUUUUGGUCCACAGCCAUGAAUUUGAUAUUUGAUGUUUUGAGAAAACUGCUUUGAUAAAUUAUUAACAGGCUUGCACUCAAGUACCUCCAUACACUUGUAACUUUAUGACUCCUCAACCUAGAUCUCUGUCUGUUGUCUUGUGGUGGGAUUUUGUUUGUUUGUCUCGAAAACUUUACUUUACGACCUCCAAAUCUCAGUCCAGUCAUUGUUUAUUCCCACAAGAGGACAUCUUUGUUGGUGCUCAUAACCAAGAUGUUAGAAUACUGAAAGCUGAUUUCAGAGGAGGAACAUAUGGGAUAAAAACAGUAGCGCUUUUACAUAUGGCACUUCAGUAAAUCAUAAGUAUCUUUAUUUUAAAGCUGUUGUUUUAUACUUUUUCAUACUUUCCUUUUUGAAUUGUUCAACCCUCUUUAAAAAAGAAUGAAGGAUAUGACUUGAUGAAAUGAGAGAAUUCCCCCUUUUAUAAGCAAGAAAGAAAAUAAGUUAUUUCCUAAAAUAAGGUAUCAGAGAGAAGCAAAAAGUUUGGUAACACUUAACUUGAUGCCUAUCUCUACAACGCAAUAUAAACAUACAUAUAAUGCAUUGUAAUCACAUUAUAGCACUGUAUAACUAUAGUUAUAAACACUCAUAAAUGAUCAUAACACUUUAUAGCAAUAAUCAUAACACAUUAUAAAGCAUUUUGUCAUGACUUACAAGGUCAGGUAUUAUAAUGUGUUAUGCUUAUUGUUAUAAAGCCUUAUGAUAAUUAACAAGUGUUUAUAAUGAUAGUUAUACAAGUUUAUAAGCAAAUUAUAACACAUCAUAAAUAUAUGUAUAAUGCAUUAUCUAUGUGGGCAUUGUCAUUGAGUUGUUAACAGUUGUAACACAUUAUAAUACCUGACCUUGAAAGUCAUGAUAAAAUGCUUUAUAAUGUGUUAUGAUAAUUGCUAUAAAGCAUUAUGAUCAUUUAUGAGUGUUUAUAACUAUAGUUAUACAGUGCUAUAACAUGAUUAUAAUGCAUUAUACAUAUAUUUAUAAUGCGUUAUAGAGAUAGGCAUCAAGGAAAGUGUUACCGAAAGUUUUUUUGGGACAACAUUUACGUAAUUCAGAAUAAGUCACUAACUGGGAUGGUGUUUGUCUAUUUAUACCCACAGAAGUUGUCGGUUUUCAGAUUCAGUAACUGCUAUGGCAGGUGUUUGAGGCCAUGAUGACAUAAUGAGCCCAAACACAGAACUGUAAUGGUCUAUUUUCAGCACUGCUGCUUUAGAAACGUUUCGAUUUGCAGGUCAGGUUAGCACAAAAGAUCCCACGCCACCUUCUCAUCCUGCCAAGAGUAUAGUAGGCAGCUAGACAAUUUUUGACAAUAUCAAGUUUGGGAAAAUAAGCAACAGAGAAUGAAGCAUUGCAAGUAUUUCCUCAAAUAAAGCACAUCUUAAGAGUAAAAUCUUGACUUGGAUUCUGCCUUAUGUAACUUUUUAGUUAGUGUGUGCAUGUUGAAAAUGUUUUUGUUAAACCAGGACAUUCAAGGUUGUUGGAAGACUUACAGAGAGCUGCCUAAUUUGUGAACGUAAAGCCAAGAAUAGCUCUAUGCAAAAUUUGUUUCUGGAAUUGAGACUCAACUCUUUCUCUAUUGGCAAAUUAAAGCCCAUACUUUCUGGUCUUCUGCCUUCCUAUACUACUUAGCCAAAAUGCAACAACCCCCAUUAGUACCCACAUUAAGACCCCAUUCUCCCCCCGCCAGGCAUUUCGUGUUCAUGAACUGCUUUUAAAAUACCCUUUUGAGAGUCUUAUUGCUUUUUCAAAACUCACAUUAGCAACCACUAAAAUCACUGACUCUUUGGGAUGAAUUUCCCCUGAUGUGCUCCCCCUUUACAUUUCCAUCCUCUAAUGUCUCAUAGAGAAGCUUUGCAGUGAAUGGAUAAUUUGUGUUUGAGUGAUCCUAUAACUCAUAACCAACAAUUUCCUCACUGCUUAAAAAGUAUCUGCACAGGCGAGUGAUUGAGGAUGUUGUGUUUGAUACUGCCAUGUUUAUCACUUAUCAGAAAUUCAUGUGUCUCUCAGGACAUCCUCUGUGUAGUCAUUACUCUAUAAGUUAUAUUUCACUUUUGAAUUAGGAAUCUUUUGGCAAAGAUAAAAGCUACAUCAGAUAAUUUCGUCGUCAGUACCACUCUCUGUAUAACACCAUGGGAGUAGAAGCCUAAUUCACCUCCUGAAUGUUUUUAUCCACAAAUUGACCUUACAGGAAAUGUCCGCAAAUUUGACAAGAUGCUGCACUGUGUCCUCUGGGUGUUUGUGUAGCAGAUAGUUUUGGAUCAGAUAUUGAAAAAAAAGGCGUUGAGUGUUAUGUGGCUUUUUGAAACAGCCAUGAAUGGAUAAAGGCUGAAGCUGGAGCGUGGGCCGCAGGAGGUGUCGUCGCUGCUGUCAUUGACAUUGACUGUCACUGUCAGAGCUGUUCAGUACACCCGCAGGAAAUGAACACCGACAUUUUGGACAUUGGUCUAUUUCAGAUCUCGAAGCCUUACAUACCAUGUUUGGUGAGUCACAACACCCAUCUUUGUCAGCCACUGAAAUAAAUCACCAGAGGGAGGGAAACAGGAAAAAUCAUCCAUCAGACACAGUUAUUUGUUGUUGUUUUUUUUUUUUUUUUUACUGUGUUGGAUAAUCGACAAACUUUACUCUCUAUGGCUCUUUUCCAAGCAGUGUUUUUGUCAGCAAGUAAAAUGGUGCUGCGUUUGUCAGAGAGAAGCACUUAGCUUGGAUAAAAAGAGCACAGCUUCAUUCUCUAUAAGUGUUUUAAGCAGCUAAAAACAUUGGCAGGCCAGUAGCAGAUGUCAAGAGCUGUCAAUUGACCACUGUUCCCAAACAACAAAGUCCUUUCUACUUUGCAUCCUCUCAAUCACACACACACAAAGUAUCACUUCAAUAAUAUACGUACAAUGAUAAUAAAAUUUUUCAUUUUAUUUUAUUGAACCUUUAUUUUACCAGGAAUGUCCCAUUGAGAUUAAAUACCUCUUUUUCAAGGGAGUCCUGGUCAAAAAGCAGAAAGAAGUUACAGUUUCAACAGUGACAUACAAAUUAGAUAAAACAGUAACAGGUUAAGGCAGUUGUCUCAAGUGCUCUCAGUCUGGAUUUAAAGUCAUUCAAUGAGUUAAAAAUCUAUCUUUAAUCUAUAUCUUUAUAUCUAUCUAUGAUCUAUCUUUCUUUCUAUUGCUCUAUCUGUCUGAACAUAGCAAUUUAGGUGUGGGGAACGCAACAAAAGUCAUCUUUAAGCCUUUCUCUGGUACUACAUCUUUGUUUAAUCAUGUUAUUGUUACCUGUGACCCACGGCGUGUUUUCAGGGAAAACAAAUAUAGUCUUAAUUUGUAAGACAGAUCUCUUCCAAGUCACCAAGUACCAUCGCUAACCACCUCUGCCCUUCUGUAUGUUGUUUGUUUGUUUGUUUUUUUCAGACUGAGAGGCACAGUCCUUUGUUGGGCGUACGUUCCCGUCCCUCCUUGGAUGGCGGGAAGAUGAGGGCGUCAGUCAGAAUGACACGGUAUCUGGAGUCCUGGGGCGCAGCCAAGCCCUUUGCCAACCUCCACCAUAGAGACAGUAUGACUACAGACAAUGGCAAGAUCAAUACAACUGUGAGUACAGUAGUUAAUGUAAGUGGUCUGUGUUUAUAUGGCGCUUUUUAAGUACAUUUACAUUACACGCCACAUCAACUUGUUCACAAAAAACUGAAUCCUACUCACACACCGAUGGGAACAACCAGCCAAGGCAGUUUUGGGUUAAAUGUUGGGGGAUGGAAACUAAACACUGAGAGAUGACCGACUCUUCCACAAAGCCACAGACACCUCAGAGCAGCGUUUCCCGCCUUACUAACACAGAUAGAGACUUCAUGCUCUGAAGAAUUGUCAAUUUCUUGUUUCAGGAUGUUCCUAUGGGGCAGUACCACAUCCAAAGGCGAGAACGGUGAGCUAGCAGAAACACUGCUUUGUGAUCCUGAUAUAUUUUAUCAAAUGUAAAUUUGUCCCCCAUCUUUUAAAUCCCAGGUCCAAAUCUCAACGGAGGAGGUUUGAGGAGGAACUCAACGAGAGAAUGAUUCGCACCAUCGACGGCAUCAACUCACAGAAGUAUGCACUAUGUUCCCCGCAGGUCUCAUUUAUACAUCAUUUUUAUUUACUGUUACUUCAAAUAAAGAGACUCUUAGUGCUAAAUAAAAAUACACAUCACACUCUGAGUAAUCAUUUUUACUAUGCUGUGAUAAUGGUGCAUUUAACUCAACCUUAACAGCCUACAGAAACCCUUAAAAUAUAAAUAUUUUGUAUAUUUCAAAUUAAAUUUUUAAUGCUUUUCAAGUGUUAUAUUGAUAGCUCAUAAUAAAAUUAUAUUGAGGGCUACUUUUGUUGUUCUGGGUAUCUUACAUCUCAUUUAUUCUGUGAUGUAGCUUCAAUUCUGAUCAAGCCAAUUGCACAGAUGUCUAAUGGAAGUUACAAUGAAAGUUAAAAAUUCCAGGUGUAUGGUUGUUUAGAAACCUAAAAAAACAGAUUUUUGCCUUACCACUUUGAUAAAGUCCUUAGCUUUUGUAUUGCAGUACAUUAUAAGUAAAACAGACUUAAAGUAGUUAUAUUUAGACACUUCAUGAGAAAACAUCAGGAGGGGAAUAUUAAAAAACAAUAUGUCACACAGCCAAGUCCUUUAUGUGAUAUUGUUUGUGUCGUCAGGCAGUGGCUCAAGUCUGAGGAUAUCAAGAGGAUCUCAUUGUUCUUUCACAACAAAGCUCUUGAGAAGGAGGUAGGUAAACCACCGGCAUUUAUUGUUCACCAGGAAAACAAAUCUGUUCAAAUGUGAAGUAGAGUGAAACAAAAGUCAGCACAAUCUCAUAAGACACAUACUACCCACUAUAUGAUUUGCUCACUGUCUGUGGAUGUAAGCUAAGCAUGUUUUUCUUGUUGCUAUGCGACUUAUUUCCAGUUAUUUUGCUUUUUCUCUCUUCUUAACAGUACAGAUCGACAACAUUACCUGCCUUCAAGUACUAUGUCACCUGCGCCUGUCUCAUAUUCUGCUGUAUAUUCAUAGUACAGGUCCUUGUCUUGCCCAAGUAAGUCUGCAGCUCAUCACAGAAUUCACACUGCAUUUUCCCCCCUGUAGCAUCAGCACACUCCAGCUGUGGCAGCAAGUUGAUGUGAGAAAGCCAUUAGACGCCAGCUGGCUCCUACUGAAAUUGAUGGGGGGAGUGAAGAGGGGAGGGAGAACGCUAAAAAAGCAGAUUGAGAUGAAAGGGCACCAUGUCUGAUAGUUAGCGUAGAUCAGGGGAAUCAAAGUGCAUCAUCUCUUUAAUAACAUGGAAUCAGAUUCACGGUCAGGCUAAUUUACUGUCUGAGGUAGCCAAGGGAGUCAUUUAGCUUUUGAGAGGUCAAUGAAUGUCUACUUCACCUUUGUCUUUCACUCCUUUUGUCUUUGCUUAAUUUGCUGCUCUGAUGUUACAUUUAGAUGUGACAUUGUGUGCGUAAUGGCAAGCUUCUUAAAUCAGGAAGUCAGUAUCCCCCUCUUGAAAAAAAUUGAACAUGAACAUAAGUGAUUACAAAGCACGCACAACAUGGGACUACGCAAUCCACCAUUGUGCUUACUCAGGGUAAAUGGACUGCAGGUCUGAGGUAGAAUACAUUAGAACCUUAAUCACAUUUAUUGGCCUGGAUGGCACUGCAGAGGGCCGAGAGGUGCCAACUGGGAUUAAUGUAAUGUGUGUGUGUGUGUGUGUGUGUGUGUGUGUGUGUGUGUGUGUGUGUGUGUGUGUGUGUGUGUGUCUGUGUGUCUGUGUUGUAGAACUGCUGUGUUGGGGAUCUCCUUUGGCCUGGCUUUCCUGCUGUUGGCUUUGAUCCUGCUCCUUUGCUUUGCAGGUCACAUUCUGGUAGGUUUGCCCAGUAAAUACUGUGGAUGAAUACACACAAACACAUUCACACAUGCUAACCUUUACAGACGCUUCACUUUGUAAAGUAUCAUAAAAAAAACAAACAUAGAAAGAUGUAUGAAGAUCUCAUGGAUGGUAAAGCCCUCUAUGUGCUGCUGACACCCUCAUUUUUAAUGCAGGAUCCUGAAUCUAAACUCUUUUUGGACUGACAUUUGCUAAACAUAUGUGUGCAACUCCUUCAUUUUCCCACAAAUAUAAACAUACUCCAUGGAAACUAAAAAUGACAUCCAUCAUCCAUAUCAAUCAAUCAAUCAAUCAAUCAAUCAGAUUUUAUUUAUAUAGCGCCAAUUCACAACAGGCGUCAUCCCAAGACGCUUUCCAACGAAAAAAAACAGGUCUAGUCCACAAUCAUUGUUUGAUGAAUUAUCAAGACCCAACCUUAAGAUGGGACAGAUUUGACCCAUCUCAUCUAACAUGAGUGACAGUGGCAAGGAAAAACUUCCCUUUAACAGGUAGAAACCUUGAGGAGGACCAGACUCAUGCUAGACAGCCACCAGGCCACUGCUGAGUUGGGGAGAAAAACAGAGAGAUAGGGAGGGAGAGAGAGAGAGAGGAGUAGGAGAGAGGACAGGGGGAGAGAAAGAGAACAAGAUAGAGGUAAGGAGAGAGAGAAUAGGUAAGGGAGAGAGAGAAACAAAAGCAACAACAACAACAGCUCAUACAGAGUUGUGUUUGCAGAGCUAGUUCUGAUUAAAUAAUAUGAAUUCAGUUUACAGGAUCAGGUUAUAAGUAAUUAUGGACUAAGUUAGAUAAAUUUGAUAUGAUUACAGUCAGCAGGCCUAAUAGUUGUAUAUUUUAGCUUUAUUUUAUUCAUGUCGGUGAGGCUGAUGUUCAUGUCUGCAGCAACAGUCCAGAGGAACCAAAGAGAAGAAGGAGCUCAGGGCCUGAGGCGGACAAUCAUAGACGAUGCAGCUGGAGUCAGGCAGGUCCACAUAUGAAGCCAAAAGUUCUGUGGCAUAUGUGUUUGAAGAUGAACCCAAAAUGCAACCAGACUAGGAAAAACAAUGUUUAACAGGUGUAUUCACAAGAUAAUAGCUGUGGUGAGGGAAUCCAAGUGGGAGUGUUGGGCAGUGGGCUGCUGAGAAGCUCGGUGGGAGGCACUGGAAAAAAGGAAAGAAAUCGAGGGUUAACAGGAAUCCAAAACACACCAAAAAUCCUAAAUGAAUAUACUUAGUCCCCAGAUGCUCAGGUGGCCACAGUACCACUGCAUGUAGGGGAUAAUACUGUGACGCUAAGGCUUGUGUCAGCGGGGGUUUUAAGGCCAGCUGAUUGCAGAGUAGGGACAGGUGGGUGCAAUCAGCCUCUGUGCCGUGGGGGGAAGGGUGCAGCCUCUGAAACAGGUAAAGUGACAGCAAAGCCCACACAGUAAACAGACAAAACAAAAAACUGAUAAACAAGUCUGUGGUCACCACAUGUAAGUGACCAUGAACAGUAUUUAUCUUCAUCUCUGUCACAUUUAUUGUUGAAUUCUCUCAGAUAUUUCUCGUCUUAAAUAUGAACCAGCCUGGACUGAAGUGUUAAACAACAUAAUGUCACUAACACUCUGCAAAUCUCUAAUGACUGUGUGAAACCACUGCUUCAAUAUAUGACAUAGCUGACAAAGUAUCCUCUGGUUACACAGAAAUGUACGAUUACAAGAUGGAAAAGUGACCUUUAAAGUAAAGUAAAGCCCUCAACUCUAAAGCAACCAUAAAAUAAGCAAAGGUUGAAGCUCCCCAUUUUGCUUUGCUCAUCCAAUCUUUUUUUUUUUUUGUACUUUGUGGAUGUACAAUUUAAAUCCCAUUCAUCUAAAUCCUUAUUAUUAACUCGGAAGAAGUUGUUAUGUCUUUCUAUUUUGAUUAGCUGUGUGUCUAAAGCCAGACAUUUCCUUUUUUUAUCUCUUCUGAAAUCCAUUUCCUCCACAAAGCUGUCUCAGGUACAAGCGAAGAGAAGAGAAUUAUUUACAAGCUGCCACAAUUACCUUUGAGAAGUGGUUCAUGGACAAUCACUUUCUUCACAUCUUGUUCCUGAAAGUAGUAUUAUAACCAAGAACAUGAAGCUCAUUCUCAUUACUGAAGAGUUAUAAUUGAGCUUGUCUGACCAGAUCCAAGUACUUGCCUUACACUCUGCUUGAUAAUGGAUUUGCACUCACCAUCAAUUAAACACUGACCAAGUUGUCAGUACAGGCUACUCUUAUUUCCAGCAAAAGAGAAGAGAGCUCCUAACAGCUAAGUCUUACAACUCUGGAUUUGAAUGCUUAAGCUCAUGCUGGUUGUUUUUGUGUAACGAUGAUUGAUGAGGCAUAUCGUAUGGAAAGGAAGCACUCAGCUUAUCCAUGAAUUGAUGGUUUUACAAGUUGCUGUGAUCAAAUAUGUUUAGAAAUUUUUAUUCUAAGGGCAGAGCACAUUCAUAAGCACAAAAUAAGAUGUCAAAGAUUAAUGUCCUUUAAUACUUUGUUCAAGUUUUCACGAAUAUGUUCAUCUGUGUUCAGGUUAAUAUAACCUGUUUGGUGUUAGCAACAAAUCUAAAACCAAGUACUUAAUGCAAGAGAAAAAAAUUAUUCUCUCAUGAGUAAAAAAACACUAUAUAUAUGUAUAUAAUGUUUUCUGUCCAGUUAAUUUCCAAUGAGGCACCAUGCCUUUGGUGUGUAAAUAAGAAAUGUGGGUAACACUUCACUUGACGCCUAUCACUAUAACGCAUUUUAUAUAUAUAUAUAUAUAUGUAUAUAUAUAUAUGUUAUAAUCACGUUAUAGCACUGUAUAACUAUAGUUAUAAACACUCAUAAAUGAUCUUAAUGCUUUAUAGCAAUAAUCAUAACACAUUAUAAAGCAUUUUAUCAUGACUUACCAGGUCAGGUAUUGUAAUGUCUUAUGCUUAUUGUUAUAAAGCCUUAUGAUCAUUAAUGAGUGUUUAUAAUGAUAGUCAUACAAGUUUAUAAGCAAAUUCUGACACAUCAUAAGUCAGUGAGUUGUUAAUAAUUGUAACACAUUAUAAUACCUGACCUUGUAAGUCACGAUAAAAUACUAUUUGUGUUAUGAUUAUUGCUAUGAAGCAUUAUGAUCAUUUAUGAGUGUUUAUAACUAUAGUUAUACAGUGCUAUAACGUGAUUAUAACACAUUAUACGUAUAUUUACGAUGCCUUAUAGAGAUUGGUGUCAAGUAAAGUGUUACCGAAAUGUGUAUUCAUGUUGUACUAUGGGGCUUUGAUGUCACAGACUGAACUACUCUGAGUUUUUAAAAUCACAGAUUUUAUUCACACUUCCUCUUUCUUUGCAUCCCCAGCAGGGAGGAAAGGGGUCACUCUGCUCUGUGACCUGGUUCCCCACUUCUUCACGCAUCAUUGUGACCAAUAAUCCUUGGCUACGAUUGGUUUUCACCUUAACAACUACUGCUCUCAUACUAGUGAUGGCUGUCUUUAAUAUGGUAAGUAGUGUCCACAGGUAAGGAUGAUGUGAAUAAAGGAUUUUUGGACGGUGUAACUCAUUGCAAAAGUACCAUUGGGACACAUCUGGCUAUUUUUUGUUAUUUGUAUCAUUUGCACUUGAUUUAAUGUAGGUCAUAGUAAGGAGGAAGGUUUAGUUUUCAUUCAGCGCUCUGUUUAUUUUUGUUCACACUCAGAAAAAAAGAACUGAUCCAAAACUAAUUUUGCACACUGAUAUAAUAAUAGAAAUUAAAAUGACAGAUCUGUCUCAUAUUCCACAGUUACACAGCAGAAGCUUCUAGUAAAAUACAAGAUAUAUACAGGGUCUCUGGCCUUUUUUGUGAACCAAUCGUUUUGUUUUAUCUGGUAUGUGUCUCUUUACUUUUUUCUGUAGACAUCAAUCUAUGAAUAAGAGAUCUCAUCCUAUGUGUCUGCAGUAUAGAUUUACAUUUCCAACUGAUGCGACUAAAGAUAUGUCUAAAUCCUCAAGAUCUUUUUUUUUAACUGCAUAUCUAUAUAUACACACACGGCUGCAUCCAGCUGUGCUCAGUUUUCCAUCUUAUAGAAGCUCAGUUCAGCAGUUUGUUGUCAUAGACGGUCAAACUCAGCAGGUUGUCUUCUUUUCUUCCCUUUUUGAUUUUAAAGCAGAGAUAUGACAGUCUUACUUCAUGUAAGGGGCCCAACUUUAAGUACAACAAGCUUUCUUGUUUGUUUGUUUUUCUCAAAGUUUUUUGUGGAGGAUCCGGGAGGAUCUGUUGAGGAGGUCCAGACAACUCCUCCGCCUGUGAACCUAACUAAUGAGACCCUGUUCGAAGACAUGGAAGAAACUAUCAGGGAAAACCAGUUUUACCUGCCAGUAAGUACAACAUCGGUGGGAAAAAUGCAUCGGCUGGAGAGUUGUUUAUGUAUUGAGUAUAAAUGUAUACUCAUUCAACCAUGUCUGAAGCAUAUGUUGUGGCAUUCAAAGAAACUCUGUAUAGUUGAACUUCACAUGUAUGAAUCACAUGGUGGUGUGAAAGCAGGAUUGAUUAUCUGCUGUCAGGCGUCUGCUAAAGCUGAAACACUGAUGUCAUUUUUACUUUCAAUGAAGAAAAGCCAAAGAGACAACCAUGUCACUUUACUAUGAAGGAAACUUUUGUACAAACAAUAUGGAUUCAACUCUAAACUAGGGCCCCGUUGGGGCACUGGCGGGCCCGAGCCGUGUCACGCCGCCCCCAGCGCGACCUCCUCCCCCACCCAAUCGCGUCACACUCAAGGUCCAAAGAUGGUGUGCGCACUUGUUUGUGGUCAUUUACCAUUAUAAUGAACGGGAGGCGCAGUUUCUACCAAAACGCUCGCUGCAGAAAAACUCCAUGUCCUAUUUGAAAAAAGUCUGGACCAUGAGUGAGGGCACAAACACAGCUAAGAUAUAUCCAAAUGGCAAGUUGCUCCUCCUUUCGCUUUUGCCGAGAGAGCAGUGCGUUUGAGCCAUUGAAUGAUGAACAGGAAAAACUUGACUUUAUUCUCCUGCCAUGGGGGGGCGCUCUUUUAAAGAGAAAAAACUCCUUCACAAAUGUGUUGAUGGCUGGACAUUGCAUCAUCCUAGAAAACAUGGAGGCCAGUGAGGACAAAAAUAAAAAGUUAUAAGACUUUUAAAUAUGUGGAUUUUAGGGUUAUAUUUGGCGCCCCCUAGAACCUAAACCGUGGGGUGCAGCGUCAUGAUUUGAAUAACUUUUAAUGGCCAUGGGGUGUAGAUUGGCCUGAGCAAAUGUGGUGCCGGUGGAACGAAAGCCUUCGGAGGAAUUAGCGAAAUUCCAAUGUGUGCGAAUCUGCAAAAAAUGCGAAAUAACCCUUUAACUGUACAUUUUACAGAUACGUGGCCAUUGACUUUUUCGAAGAUCUUAUUGAAAUACACGUGUAUGUAAAAUUUUGUGUCAAUACGACAAAACAUACAGGCGUAGCACUCAACAAUGUGUAUUUUCACCUUAGUGGACAAGAAAAAAUUGACUUUUUUCUCCUGCCAUGGGGGGGCGCUCUUUUGCCGAGUAAAAAUUCCUUCACAAAUGUGUUGAUGGCUGGACAUUGCAUCAUCCUAGAAAACUUGGAGGCCAGUGGGGACAAAAAUAAAAAGUUAUAAGACUUUUAAAUAUGUGGAUUUUAGGGUUAUCUUUGGCGCCCCCUAGAACCUAAACCGUGGGGUGCAGCGUCAUGAUUUGAAUAACUUUUAAUGGCCAUGGGGUGUAGAUUGGCCUGAGCAAAUGUGGUGCCGGUGGAACGAAAGCCUUCGGAGGAGUUAGCGAAAUUCCAAUGUGUGCGGAUCAACAAAAAAUGCGGAAUAACCCUUUAACCGUACAUUUGACAGAUACGCGCGCAUUGACUUUUUCGUAGAUCUUAUUGAGAUACAUGUGUGUGUCAAUUUUUGUGUCAUUUUGCCAAAGCGUACAGGUGUUACACUCAACAAUGUGUAUUUUCACCUUAGGGGACAAGAAAAAAUGGACUUUUUUCUCCUGCCAUGGGGGGCGCUCUUUUGGGGAGUAAAAAUUCCUUCACAAAUGUGUUGAUGGCUGGACAUUGCAUCAUCCUAGAAAACUUGGAGGCCAGUGAGGUCAAAAAUAAAAAGUUAUAAGACUUUUAAAUAUGUGGAUCUUAGGGUUAUCUUUGGCGCCCCCUAGAACCUAAACCGUGGGGUGCAGCGUCAUGAUUUGAAUAACUUUUAAUGGCCAUGGGGUGUAGAUUGGCCUGAGCAAAUGUGGUGCCGGUGGAACGAAAGCCUUCGGAGGAGUUAGCGAAAUUCCAAUGUGUGCGGAUCGGCAAAAAAUGCGAAAUAACCCUUUAACCGUACAUUUGACAGAUACGCCCGCACUGACUUUUUUGUAGAUCUUAUUGAGAUACAUGUGUGUGUCAAUUUUUGUGUCAUUUUGACAAAGCGUACAGGCGUGACAGUGAAUAGUGUGAAUUUUCACCUUAGGGGGCGCUAUGGAGCCAUUUUGCAUUUUCUUGUUUGGGCGACUUCGGAAUAUCAAAUUUUUCACCAGGCCCGGUCGUCCUGCCAAAUUUCAUGAGUUUUCACCAGUGGGAAGUGGGCCAUUUUCCAGUUCAAAGGGGAGGAAAAAUAAUAAUAAUAACUAGGGCCCCGGUGGGGCACUGUCGGGCCCGAGCCGCGUCGCGCCGCCCCCAGCGCGACCGCCUCCCCCUCCCGAUCGCUUCACACUCAAGGUCCAAAGAUGGUGUGCGCACUUGUCUGUGGUCAUUUCCCAUUAUAAUGAAUGGGAGGCGCAGUUUCUACCAAAACACUCGCUGCAGACAAACUACAUGUCCUAUUUGAAAAAAGUCUGGACCAUGAGUGAGGGCACAAACACAGCUAGGAUAUAUCCAAACAGCAAGUUGCUCCUCGUUACGGUGUUGCCGGGAGAGUGAUGCGAUUGAGCCAUUGAGUGAUGGGCAGGAAAAACUUGACUGUUUCUCCUGCCAUGGGGGAUGGGGGAUGGGGGAUGGGGGGGGAUGUGGAUUCUUUUAAGAAUGUGGAUAUUUGGGUCAUCUUUGGCGCCCCCUAGAACGUAAACGGUGGGGUGCAGCGUCAUGAUUUUUACAACUUUGAAUGGCCAUGGGGUGUAGAUUGGCCUGAGCAAAUUUGGUGUCAGUGGGACAAAAGCCUUAGGAGGAGUUAGCCACAUUCCAAUGUGUGUGAAUCGGCAAAAAAUGCAAAAUAGCCCUUUAACCGUACAUUUUACAGAAACGCACGCAUUGACUUUUUCGUAGAUCUUAUUGAGAUACAUGUGAUUGUCAAAUUUUGUGUCAAUAUGACAAAGCGUACAGGUAUGACAGUCAACAAUGUGUUUUUUCACCUUAUGGGACAAGAAAAAAUGGAAUUUUUUCUCCUGCCAUGGGGGGGCGCUCUUUUGGGGAGUAAAAAUUCCUUCACAAAUGUGUUGAUGGCUGGACAUUGCAUCAUCCUAGAAAACUUGGAGGCCAGUGAGGACAAAAAUAAAAAGUUAUAAGACUUUGAAAUAUGUGGAUUUUAGGGUUAUCUUUGGCGCCCCCUAGAACCUAAACCGUAGGGUGCAGCGUCAUGAUUUGAAUAACUUUUAAUGGCCAUGGGGUGUAGAUUGGCCUGAGCAAAUGUGGUGCCGGUGGAACGAAAGCCUUAGGAGGAGUUAGCCACAUUCCAAUGUGUGCGGAUCGGCAAAAAAUGUGGAAUAACCCUUUAACCGUACAUUUGACAGAUACGCGCGCAUUGACUUUUUCGUAGAUCUUAUUGAGUUACAUGUGUGUGUCAAUUUUUGUGUCAUUUUGACAAAGCGUAUAGGCGUGACACUCAACAAUGUGUAUUUUCACCUUAGGGGACAAGAAAAAAUGGAAUUUUUUCUCCUGCCAUGGGGGGGCGCUCUUUUGGGGAGUAAAAAUUCCUUCACAAAUGUGUUGAUGGCUGGACAUUGCAUCAUCCUAGAAAACUUGGAGGCCAGUGAGGACAAAAAUAAAAAGUUAUAAGACUUUUAAAUAUGUGGAUUUUAGUGUUAUCUUUGGCGCCCCCUAGAACCUAAACCUUGGGGUGCAGCGUCAUGAUUUUGAUAACUUUUAAUGGCCACGGGGUGCAGAUUGGCCUGAGCAAAUGUGGUGCCGGUGGAACGAAAGCCUUCGGAGGAGUUAGCGAAAUUCCAAUGUGUGCGGAUCGGCAAAAAAUGCGAAAUAACCCUUUAACCGUAAUUUUCACAGAUACGGCCGCACUGACUUUUUUGUAGAUCUUAUUGAGAUACAUAUGUGUGUCAAUUUUUGUGUCAAUAUGACAAGGCGUACAGGCGUGACAGUCAAUAGUGUGAAUUUCCACCUUAGGGGGCGCUAUGGAGCCAUUUUGCAUUUUCUUGUUUGGGCGACUUCGGAAUAUCAAAUUUUUCACCAGGCCCGGUCAUCCUGCCAAAUUUCAUGAGUUUUCGCCAGUGGGAAGUGGGCCAUUUUCCAGUUCAAAGGGGAGGAAAAAGAAGAAAGAAAGAAACAAAGAAAAACCCCUUGGGGAAUAAUAGGGCUCUCGCAGCUGCUUAGCAGCUACGCUCGGGCCCUAAUAAUAACAAAAGAAGGAAACUACAGGAACAAGAGGGCUCUCGCAGCUGCUUAGCAGCUACGCUCGGGCCCUAAAAAAGAUCCAACCUAAAUGAAUGUUGACUGCAGUCAGCUGUGAUGCCACGUUGUCUGACAUGGGGAUUUCCUGGAGCUCAAAGCUGUCAUUGAUCGUCUUCUUUAUCUCCUGUCAGUUUGGUCAAGACCUCUGUUUUAAACUGUAUGGAAGUAAAGUAUUAAGAGAAGUGUGACCAUGACAAGCUGUCUUAGGGUGUCGCAUAAAACAAGUCAUUGUAAUAUACAGUAAGGAACUCUAGGCCUGCUCUUGAUAUCUAGCUACAUGGCGACUGUGCUGACCUUCUAACCCUUUCAGAGCAGCACACUACUCUUCACUCAACAAAUAUGUGUAGCUACGUGUCUUUAUUGUCGCUUUUCCUUGUCAGUAUAACUUCUGUUAUCAACAAGAUGUCAGGGUUAUCUGUUGCUCAAGUCACGUUCAAAAACCUCCCGUUUCUUUAUCCCUUUUCAUCUACAGUACUUUAUCUACUGCUGUAUUCUGGGCUUGGUGUCAUGCUCUGUAUUCCUGAGGAUCAACUAUGAGCUGAAGAUGGUGGUGAUGCUGGUUGCCGUGGUGAUCUAUAACGUCAUUAUUCUUCAGACACAUGCCUCCCUGUUGGAUGGAUUUAGCAAAGAACUAUACCAAAAAACUACUCUGGAUAGGUAGGUACCUAAAAUCAACACUGUCUGCCUGAAACCUCCCGCUCUGGCUCUAAAAUGACUAAUGAGACUAAACCUCUAGUUUUAGGAGGAAAAGGUACGACUGUGGUGGAAAAUCAGUCAUGACUGUCACUCAAGUGUAACCCCCAGAGAGAGAGAUGAUGAGUGGCAGAAUAAGCUACAGUAGUUUAUCUCAUGGAGCAGAAUUCAUUUUGCACAUCUGACUGACAGCUGGAGUCUCACUGCUAGAAAAUUCCAUUAAGAAAAAAAUAAGUUUUCAGAACAAAACUAAAGAGAGAAAUACUUUAUCCAAACCAUAUUUCCCUGUAUGUCUCUGAGUGUCUCUUCGGCUUGACAAGUGUGAAGAGUACAUUAUUGUCGCCAAAGCACCAGGGAAUCUAAGGAAGAACAGUCAUGAGAGGCUAAACUGACUUUAUACAGGACCACAUCAUUUAAUAAAACAACAGAAGAAGUAAUGAGCUAAUUAAUUAAUAAGAAAUCCCAGGUAUGCAGAUCUAUCAUUUGAUCAUUUAUUGGAAGCAUUGGCAUUUUUUUCUGAAUGAAGAUAAUCUCUGCUUCAGUGUUAUCAUAUUUUCAUCGUUUUUCAUGUUAAUGUCGUCCCUCUUUUACAAUACUGAACCUUUUUAAAAUCAUUACAGACUGUCAGUGUUCUCAAAAAAACUGAUAAAUAAAACAAAAGUCUUUGAGUUUUAAAAAGAUGAUUGGAAUAGUAUCCAAUAAAUUUCAACUAGGAUGGACACUGUCAAUGAAACAGGAAGAAUUAAUGCGUUAGUCAGGCCACAUGUACCACUGCAAAUCCAUACAUAUUUGUUCUUUCUUUCUUUCUUGAUUUGUUUAUAUAUUUAUAAUUACAAAAUAGUACAUAUGUACACCAAACAACUGUGCAUGUCAAAGAUAAAUUUACACAACAUAUGUAUGUCAAAAACAAACAGUUUGAAAAGGAACAGAAUGAAGCAAAGUAUAAAUACCUACAUAUUAUACACAAAGAUAUCUGAUCAACACUACUUGCGUUACUUAUUGUAAUUAUUUUCAACACAUUUGUUGGAUAAGGCAAAUGUAUAAUUUGGCGCAAUAACACCACAUGUUUGAACUCAGUAACUCAGAUUUAGGCUGUGUCCGAAAUGAAUCACUCAAUCCCUAACCCCCAUAUGGGGUUUCACUAUACAGCUGACUUUGUAGUGAGCUCAAUCACCAGAGGUUUUUGACACUACCGUUGUGACGUUGCUGCAUGACGGGAUGCCCACCACCGGUGAGUGACCAUCGGAUGGUCACUCCAUUUUGCAAUGCUCUAUGGGGAAUUUUGAGUCGCCUAUACGGGGCAUUUGAAUUGAUCACUCAGGUUUCGGACACCCCUCAAAAUGGCGCCAACCCCCAUAUAGUCGACUAUGUAGGGGUUAGGGAUCCAUUCCGGACACAGCCUCAAAUGCUGUGCUGGUGUACAGUGGUCAUGGUUGUUUCAGAAAAUAUAAGUCUCACCGAUGCGCAUACAGAAACAUACCAAAUCAGACUCUGACCCCACAGGUAGAGCACAUUUUAAGUUUCAGUUUGGAUAAGAUUUGUUUAUUUUCCAUCAUCAACAGACCUUGACAUCAGAUGUUUGUAUCUUCUCUCUCUAUCUGUCCAGACCAGGAGUGCUGAAGGAUCUUAAGACCAUGGGCUCUGUAUCUCUUUUCAUCUUUUUCAUCACCCUGCUGGUGUUAGCAAGACAGGUCAGUAGUAUAAAGGUUUCAUUCAAAGUCAUUUCCAGAAAAAAAAUUUGGAGGCAACUGAACCGACAUUGAUGUGUGUUGAGCUGUUGCAGCAAGCCUCACAAACAGCCUCUCUCAUCAUCUCAGCUGCGUCAACUCUCCACCGAACACACACCCUUCAGAUAUGAGCUAAGCUUUGUUGAGACACAUUUAGUGUCAGUGCUUCAUCUUUUUGGCGUGUCAUCCAUUAGCUCUGACCCCAAAGCAUCUGUUCUGGACAGAAAGACUCUCCCAGGAGGCUCUCACUCAAAACUGAGGCUCCUUGAGAGCUAUAUUUGGUCGAAGAAGCUCCACUCAUUCUGGGUCACAAUCAACGUAGAGCGGGGUGGGUUUCAUUUGGGGUCACAGAUAAACUCUGACAUCAUAUCUCAUUCUGGGCUGUUCUCUGGAUUCUGUUUGUGUUUGAAUUGAUGCAAGUGUGGUGCCAUCCAAUGCUUUUGAUAGAAACCUGCAUGGAUGCCCAGUAGGAUAACACCAAGCUCAGGAACAUUUUGGAGAUUUUCAGCCCACUAUUAACAAAUUUGCCUUGCAAAAAAAAAAAAAUUAUCAUCAAUCCUAACGAGCCAAUUUCUGGCAAUUUAGUCAGAGGGAGGAGAAAGCAGGUUAGGAGAACAAGGCAUCUGUAAUUCAUCUCUCAAGAACAGAUGUGGGAUGGAGCAAAGCUCAUUUACAGGCUUGUUAGAUUGUUUCUCAGCUGCAUCUGAAAUGAGCUCCAAUUCUUCUGGCCUAUUUUUCAGAGAACUUGAGGAGCUCGAGUUCCUCUCCUCCAAACUGAAGACACACAUGUUCAUGCACAUGAAUAGGUUUAGACUAACUUCCCUUAGAGGGUUAUCGGCUAGUCAUCAUUUCUAUUUCAGCCUCAGGCAAUCAGCAGUAUAGGACCAGAUCUGAGCACAGAGCAGCUUGAGCCUACACUGCUGGAGCCAUCUAAAUUGGCACCAUGCUUCAAUCUCAAGGGAAGAAGAAUUCAGUGCACACAUACAUCAUCUCGACUGCUCACCAUGCAUCAAAUCUAUCUCGAGAGACUAAAACAGCUCUUAUAUACUGUUCUGUAAAUCCAUGCGCACAGUGAAGAACCAGUCCGAGAGACAGGUAGCCUUAAGCUUUCAAAUAUAGACGAGGGGUUCCUAGGGACCCCGUCUGAUACACAAACACAAACUCCUGAGAUUUUUUUGACCUUGAUAGAUAGCAAACUCCCUCAAGCUAACAUAAGCGAAACACUGGAAAACAAAUACAGUCGCUGUCUUUCAUGCAAAACAGUUCUGCCUACUUACAAUUUUCUUGAGCCAUGAGAGGAAAGCUUCUGGCUGUUCAUUAUUGUCUUAAUGGGAUUUUCAUUUCGGUGAAAACCAAGCAAGCCUUUCCAUCUCAGUUACACAUUACACUUUCUCAGAAAUCCUAUACAGUUUCAAUUGAGUGCAAAUGAGGAGAUCUGAAUGCAGGCAGCAUGUCUUCACCGCUCAACCUGGUUAGUUACUUUUUUUUGAUAUUGGUUUGGGUUUAAUCUGUGGUUUGAAGUUUCGGUGCAGAGUGCUGGGUGUGAAUGACGCAGGUAUCUCUUUACUCUGUGUCCUCCUGUAACAGAAUGAAUAUUACUGUAGGUUGGACUUCCUGUGGAGGGAUAAGUUCAAAAGGGAGUGCGAGGAGAUCGAGACCAUGGAGAACCUCAACAGAGUCCUGCUGGAGAAUGUUUUACCUGCUCACGUCGCCGAGCAUUUCCUGGGACGGAACUGGAAAAACGAGGUGAAUGCCUAUGAAAUCCUUAAAGACACACAGUCUAAACUUAAAUUAAAUUAAAUUUUUAUAUGUAUUUCAUUAACUAUGUAAUUCAAAGGAUCAUUCUGUCAUAAGGAAAUAUUCUUAGUCCCUUUCAUGGAGGAGUAAUACAGCCAGAAAACCAGUCAAAUUAUCUGAUUUUAUUAAAUUGCCUGGCCUUGUUUACUUCACCUUGAGGUUUCCAGGCUACCUGCAGACACUAGUGUGCCUGUAUAUAAAUAACCCAGCUCUUAACCUCUUGUAACAGAGCAAUUUAUUUUUUCUCCUUAAUUUGUGAUGUGAUUAAAUGUUUCCCAUGGUCAUUUUUGUUCUCAGUCUGUUGCUGUUUUGAUUUUGUUACACUUGAGCAAAAACAAGCUUGCUUUUCAGGGAAAGCUGAGCUAAAUGGCAUGAUAGUUAUAAACAUGCUUUCUGUUCCUGUACUCUCCGUAAUUUUUCUCCUCCCCAGAACAUUUUUGAUCACACUUUGUACCUUCAUUUACUCCACUGUAUUAUAUAUUACUGCACUACGUCUCACUCUGUCCCUCCGAUGAUGAUUAAAGUUAAAACUGUUGCAGCGUGGUUGUUCAGUGUUAGACUUUUAGCUCAUGGAUCUUCCCUUUGGUUUAGAGUCACUGAAUGAUGCUCAUUCAAAACAACACAUCAGAAUGUAAUCUCCUCUUGCUCAUCUUUAGGAUCUUUAUCAUCAGUCGUACGAGUCGGUGUGUGUGAUGUUCGCCUCCAUCCCAGACUUCAAAGAGUUUUAUACUGAGUCUGAUGUCAAUAAGGAAGGACUGGAGUGCCUCCGUCUUCUCAACGAGAUCAUAGCCGACUUUGAUGAGGUAAACACCUCUCAGAUAAAAAACCCUGGUAGUCUGAAAGUAUGAGAAAAUGUCCAGGAAUUGUGUCAUUGUUUGGCAGACCUUAUGUUUCUUUUUUUUUCCUUUUUCUAUGUAUUUUGUGUUGUAUUCUCUCUGUAUUCCUGUGUUCCCAGCUGCUGUCCAAACCCAAGUUCAGUGGCGUGGAGAAGAUUAAGACAAUUGGCAGCACCUACAUGGCUGCAACUGGACUCAAUGUGACACCAGGACCCGAGUGCACACAGGCACGCUAACACAUGGACUUAUUUUCACACACACAGAUAUAUAGAUGCAGUAUACCUUUACAGAAACGGAUCGUUGUUUGGUUUACCUUGAUUGGAGGUCAAGCUCUGACCUGUCCAGCUUUUAUCAUAUUUGAUAAGUGGAGACAAUAACAGGAGUUUUGUUUUUUUUUACAUGCUAACCUCAUUUCAGAGUGCCAGAGUAACCCUGACACCCUCUGAUUAUUUGUAACAUACUCAUAAUUUUUCAUUUGUGGUCGCACAACAGAAUAAGGCCCAGGCAUCAAAGUGUUCACUGCUGUCCGAAUACAUUUGGAGGCUUUGUGUAGGCUGCACUUUGAAAAAUGUGCCACACGUAACAUAAAAGCAUCAGUGAUUCAUCACAACCUAAUUUAAAUACAUCUGGGUAACCACUGCAACAAAUGAGAUCAUGACACAAAAUAGGGCAGCUCAUAAUUUUUAUCAGUAUCUCUGGAUUUGAAAUCAAUUUUCCUGCUUUGAAGUCCUUUUAACCUCAAACUCAGUGUCACAAAAAUUCAUCAUGAUUGGUGACAGUGGCAGAUUUUUUUACUCGAUGUAAGUUUCCUAAGACAAAUACAUUGGUCCUUCUGCUUUACUGCUACCUAAUGUUUUUGUGUUCGGUUAAAAGAAGCCUAUUUUUUAAACCUGGUUAAGGAAGCUGAUUUAACUUUUUUUUCUUUAUCUCCCACAGGAACACGACCGACAGUACAUGCACAUUGGCACUAUGGUGGAAUUUGCCUUUGCUCUCGUGGGGAAGCUCGAUGUUAUCAACAAACACUCCUUUAACGACUUCAGACUAAGAAUUGGUGAGAAAAUGUUCACGUCAAAGUUAUGAUCCACUUGAUCCCAGAUUAGAAAAAAUGUCUUUUAAGUCUCUAACUGGUUAAUGACAGUCGUAAUAUAGCCAGGAGCUAGUCCAGGCAUGAGGCUAUUUAUCAACGAGUCUACUUCAGCUAAAUGUCUUGAUCCAUCAAGAAAGGAUUUUGUUAGCUUGUGGUAGAUUUAUGUGUCUAAGGGGGAAACUUGGUCAUGAUUUGGGUCGAUAAUAGAAAUUGAUAGAUGGAUUGAUUAAGGCCAAGACGUCAAGGAAAAUACACACAUACUCUUUAAACUAAAUUGUUGAUAGAUGAUUGCUUAAAGGUCUAAAUAUAAGUCACUGCAGAAAAUGACAUAUUAAAAAAACAAAUCCAUGCUCAAAGGUAGACAAACAAACAAACAGGCAUCAAGUUUAGAUAAAGAAGAAGAGAAAAAUGGUUCUUCCUUUCACUACAUCAAGUCAUAACUGCCUCUUCUAGGGAUAAACCAUGGGCCAGUUAUUGCAGGUGUUAUUGGAGCCCAGAAACCUCAGUACGACAUUUGGGGAAACAGCGUAAAUGUGGCCAGUAGGAUGGAGACCACCGGGGUACUGGGUAAAAUACAGGUGGGUCACCUGAUAAUGUGCAGAUGCAUGUCUGCAAGUAUGAUAGUUAUCUUUGAUCUUCACACUCAUAUUUGUUUGUGAUAUUUACACUUAUAUUUGUUUCUCUUUAUACAGGUAACAGAGGAGACAAGUGGUAUCUUAUCAAAUCUUGGAUACAUGUGUUCAUGUCGGGGCAUCAUUAACGUGAAGGGCAAGGGAGACCUGAAGACUUACUUUGUUCUCUCAGAGAUGACGCGAUCUCUGUCACAAGGGACGGUGAUGCCUUGAGCGUAACAUACCGAAGAAGGCAACCAAACACGCAAAGUGGUUUUUUAGAAUGAUUUGUCAUACUCUGUAACUAACACCCAUUACAAAAGGAGAGCAGUACAAUGAAUAGAACUAGUUUUGUCCCUGGUAACACUAUGUAGAGCAGAAGAGCUGAGGGGCAUCGACAUGGUCCUCCAGUGCUGCAUUAUGGAUGCUACUCACAACUCAAGUGUAAACAAAGGACAUUGCUCCGAGAAGUCUCCUCUCUGCCUAAAGGAGUCCCUGCUGUAAGAGAGGUUUGCUACAGCGGUGCAGCUAUGACGGACCUCAGUCACUCGUUUGUACAGAAGUAGUGGUGUGGAUCUAAUUAGCCAUGCCAGUGUUGCAGUGCUUUAAAGCCUUAUACUUGAGCAAACUGAGCUGCCUGCCGAGCUGUGCUUUUUUGUAUCCGCCUUGUUGGCACUGUGUGCCAGUUUGUUCAGUUUUAUUUCAAAUGGAUGCUACAUUAGUUUAUUGUCAUAUAGAGCAGCUCUUGCCAGCAAGAUGCCAGUGUGGUGGGUAGUUUGCCAAAACCUGUGAAUUGUAUUUAUAGCUUCAGGGCUGCCUUUGUGUCCCACUGAAGAGGAGGAGGAGGACUCAGGCACUGGAUCCAAGAGAAAGUAGAGGUUUCUUUUUUAUAAUUUAUCUGGAAACAAACCAACAGCUAUGAGUGUAAAUGUUCACUGCCAUCCUUUUGUUAAUCAUUAAACAUUUGUAUAUAAAUAACUUGGCGGC